CGGUAAUAAUCACUAGAUACUGCACUUGGAUUCACAAACACAAGGUAAGCACUUUAUUCUUCAUCACCAUCUCCUUAUCUGUGCAGUGAGUGAAAAUAUGUUUUAAAAAAAUAAAAUUAUAUAUAUAUAUAUAUAUAUAUAUAUAUAUAUAUAUUAAGAUAGAUAGAUAAUAUGGUAUAUGUGAAGCUUUAGAGAGAUAAUAUGGUAUAUGUGAAGCUUAAGAUCCGAUGUUGAAGCAACAACAACUCCCAUGAUGCUUUGCAUGACUUUAGAAUGCAUUUAUAAUAACAGAGCGUCAUGGAAGAUGUAGUUUUGAAAAAUCUGGGGAUCUAUCUUUUGGGCACCCCGGGUGUACAACGUACUAGCAGUUACAGGAUUAAACAAGACACUGCCAGUGAAAUGUAUUGUACUUCCUGUUAAAUGGUUAAAGAAGCACUCCGUGGAGAAGCUGUUAUUGGGUGGAUGUGUUCCUUUAAGGGUUGUGAUGAAAACAUUUAUCAUAGUAGUAGUAAGAGCAUUAAUACUAAUGGUUACAGCAGUAAUAAUUAUAAAAAAUAUAAUAAUACGUUUUGUACUAUAACAAUUUUCUUUUCUUUGAGACAACAAGCAUUUUUGUGUACUCUGUCAAAUUUGAACCGAGUUGGCAAGUGAUUAAUAAGAUUAAUAAUUUAAUAUGAUAGAUGAAAUGUCAUUAAAUGAAAAGACAGCAGUUAUUUAAACAGGUGUUUUAAAUGAUUGGAUAUUUAAUUAUGUGGUUCACAUAACAAUAAUAGGACUGAACUGCAUUUGUAUUUUGUAGUUUAAAUAGUAAUUCAAAUGAAAUCGCUUGGAUAUGUCUGUACAUACAAUUUGUGUUUCGCUCCAAGCCAUCACUUUCGGACUUCUAAUCCAUUCUAUAUCUACUGUUAUUACAAUUCAAUCUGGUGCAGCGAAACAUCGAAAAUAUCUUUCAAAGUAAAGGAAACUUGCCUGCAUAACAUAAAUAUGGUGUACAAAUAUUAUGCUGUUGAUUUACUGUGGUAUAAAAAUGGUUUAGCAUAUUUAUACUAUAUCCUUGCAGCACUUUUUAUUCCCCUGUGUAAGGGCAGAGGGUUAGCUGAACGCUGGGAAGAAAUAGCAAACAUUGACGUUAUUUGUUGCCAUAAAUAUAUUUAAAUGACAAGAUAGGGGUUACAGUAUGAGAAAAAAGCAAGGAAAAAAAUUGUCCCCUUUACCUCAAAAUUGACUAAGAGUAACCGGGAAAUGCCCCUUCUUUCUCCAGUUUUUGUGUUUGGUAUUGGCAUUUGCAAGGGUAGCUUUUGGUGCUGAAGCCCCAGAUGUUUGACUCUUUAGCCCUGAUAUCUACAAGUAGUGGAAGAGGCCAGAGAAUAAAAUGACAGAGGGGGAAAUGGGCGGUGUCCUGAGGUGAUUGUCAGGAGGGAAUGUUGGGGAUCAGAACUUUGCGGCAAACCCCUCUAAUAGUUAGGUAAUAUGGUGGGAUUGCAUUUUGAUGGAAAUGAUCAAUACAGAUGAUCUAAGCCAAUCCAGUGCUUUCCCAUAGGCAAGCAUUAAAGGACCACUAUAUGAGACAGCCACUAGAGGCUUUGGGGGAAGGCUUAACCCAUUCAUAAACAUAGCAGUUUCUCUGAAACUGCUAUGUUUAUAAAAGAAUGGGUUAAGCCUAGCUGGACCUGGCACCCAGACCACUUCAUUAAGCUGAAGUGGUCUGGGUGCCUAGAGUGGUCCUUUAAGGUGCAAGUGUGCGGUAAUCACUGUGCUAUGACCAGUCACCAUCUCCUCGUUGAUUUGCAAUGAGUUAAUGCAUCUCUAUGGUUUGUGCUGCAUAAAUAUCAGUCCCACAAUACUUUCAGGUCUGAAACCAGGAAGUCCCAUUGGUGGUUGUCCCAGUGACAGCCACUAGAGGGGGCAUUGUGCAGUAGUGUAAACACUGCCUUUUCUUAUUACAUUGUUGAGGCUGCAUGGACGUACUCUGAGCUGUAGUCGUUCUGGAGAGCAUGUAUUGCACGAUGUUCAUGGGUAGAGAGGUGGGGACAUAACAUAGAGAGGCAGAGAUAUGGCUUGGGAUUCCUAGCUUUCUGUUAGUGUAAGGGAAAUUGCAUUUUGAUUUGGGUUCAAUUUCCCAAAUGGUUUUGGAGCCUAGCAACACUCCUGGUGCAUGGAAGAGUGCCAGAGCAAUUACAGGUAAAAUAUAAACACCUAGCUUCUUGCUCAAUGAUAAAAGGGAUGAUAAAAGGUAUAGUUCCCUGGCCUAUUACCCAUAAGAUCUUAGUAUGCCAAAUUCAUUUUGCUCUAUUAGAACCACUAGCACACUGAUCAUAUUUGUACCCUUCAUUGCACCCACCAAAGGAUGGGGCAAAUGGUAGGGAUCAUGUGCCUGUUACCUACCUGGUUUAUUAUUCUCUUCUUUAACACCACCUAGUAUAGAGGUAAUGGCAUUGUGGUUUCUGUAGUUUCCUAUGGAGUUGUUUUACUCUGGUCAGAAGCUUUUUUUUAUCUGUCAAAUUAUUAUUAUUGGUAAUUAUUUAAAUAGCGCCAGCUUAUUCCGCAGUUCUUUACAAUAAGAUACACCAGUUAGUCAGGACAGGAUUACAAGACCAUUGGGCCUGGUGCUGACAAUUACAGUGAGCCUAAUUACAGAAUCUUAAUAACAGAAAACACUAAAAUAGUCACGCCUUCCAAGCAUCAUAUAUCGGGUGGAGGUGGUGCUGGAGGAAAACUCACAGGAUGUAUCUAUAAGAAAAUACAUACCCUAUGCUAAUCUCUCGCUUUAAUCUCUCAAACAAAUCCAUUGCCUCUAACAGCAGCUUCCGGUGAAGCACAAAGUUAGUUAGUGAGGUCCACUGAUGCAACUCACAUAAUUGUUACCACCCAAAGAGGCGGGUCUGCCCAAAGAAUUGGAAGGUCAGUUUGGCCAACAAAGAGCGUACUAUGCAGACAGAGUCCUGACCUUUGCCCAAAUGCUAAUGAUGAGCUACUGUAAACUUUCUGGAUCAUGUCCCCAAGCAUUCACUUGUUCAUUCCUCUCCUUACCUACUUUUCCAAUUUGACAAUUUUUAUUUUCACUUACAAAGCAAACUUAGGAUACAGAAGAAAGAAAAAGGGGGGGGGGGGAGGGAACAUCCCAAAUCUCGAUUUACACGACUUCCAGCUUUACAUAAUAUAUAACAUCAUACACAUUUUCGCAGUUUCACAGCGGUCUAGCUUUUCACGUUGACUGCAUUUGCCUUGCCCUCUUGCCUCUGUUUUGGGGCCUGCUUAUUCGCCAUUCUACUAAUCAUCUCUUUGGUCUCCCUUAAGCGACAUCCGUGUACUGUCUGAGAGUUCACCCUUGGUCUAGAUUGUUGUUCCCGGGAGGGGGGGGGGAAGCUGAACAGGGGGGGAGGGAGAUAAGCUGCAGGGGAGUGGUGAGGGGGGGGAGAGAUUGUGAUAUGCCCGCUCUCCCUACCGGUUUUAUGCUAUACCUUCCAUGUUUGUGUUACUUCCCUUCUCUUCUCUGAUUUGUCUGGUGACUCCUGCCUGUUCUCGCAAUUCCCUGGACUCCCCACAGUCUUGAGGGGUUCUCGUACGUUUGGCCUUAUAAAUUCUUCGUGUCGGGCUGGGUCUGUGACAUUGGGUUAGUCUCUGUCUUUGAUCUCCCUGGGCGUGUUUAUGCCUUCCCACCUAAUGUUCGCGUCCUCAAACUUGCGCGUGUUACCCUGAUUUUUCCUGGUUGUGAGUUCAUAAUGUAAGUUGGUGGAAAUCUGUCUUGUUAUGGCUAGUUUCGUCGGUGCCUUGUCUGUCUUCCAUUCUUUGGCUAUGAGCGUCAGUGUCGCAAUUAGGAUGUGGAAGACCAGAAUUGUUUCGCUGCCCUGGAAUCUGUCCAUAUUCAUGAACAGUAGGCCCAUUUCUGGGGUGAGUGUAAUGUUACCCUCUAGUAUCUCAUCAAGUAUACUUUCUACCAUCUCCCAAUAAGGUCGCAGUGUCUCACAUGACCACCAUAUGUGGUACAUUGUACCUUCUGACCCCCCACACCUCCAGCACUUAGCUGAUGUUCCUGGAUAAAUUUUUGCCAGUCUCACUGGCACCAUGUACCACCUGUAAUAUACCUUGCGCAUUAACUCUAGGUGUGACGUGCAUGUAGUCCUUCCUUUGUGUGCCGUGGUUGCGUGUCUCCAUUGGGUUGCAUCAAAAUGCUUCCCAAUGUCUGCCUGCCACGCUGCACUGAAUCUGUCUAUGUGUACAGGGUCGCCUAUAUUUAGGAGUGUAUAGCACAGGGAAAUCAGGCCCCUCUUCUGCUUUGGGUUCAAACGAAUCCUCUCAAACUCCGUGAGCUUGGUCUCCCCCUCCACUGUGGUCGUUUGGGCCCCUAGCAUGGAUUUUAGCUGAAGGUAUGGGAAUAUCAAUUUGGGGGGCAGGUCGAAUUUUUCCUGGAUAGUAGGGAAUAAUAUUAUCUGUUGUGCUUCCAGUUGGUCUCUCACAUGCGUGCAGCCUCUCUUUGUCCAUUCCCUAUGGUCAAAUGUGUUGUUUGCUACCUGUAGGCAUGAUAAAGGUGUUGCCGGUGACCACGGUGACAUAGAGAGCAAUGAUUUGUGUGUUCUGUCCCAAGUCCUCAGCAGUGUUUUCGUGGUGGGUAAGAUAUUAGGUUGGUUGGGGCGCAGUGGUUUAGGUACCCACAACAAUCUGCGGAGGUCUGUCCCCUGAAGCCAAUGGUUUUCUAUUUCCAGCCAAUGUGGGACGGGGGUUGGGGAUUGUAUCCCCAGCACUGGGGCUAGUAACGUCGCCUGAUAAUAGAGUUUGAUGUUUGGUAGGGCUAGACCCCCUUGGUGAGUGGGUCUAUACAGGUGUUUGGCAGCUAUUCUCACUCGUUUGCGUGCCCAUAUGAAUUUAGUAAGCAUCGCCUGUGUUUUGGUUAAGUAGGAGGUCGGUAGGUCUAUUUGCAGUGUUCGAAAUAAGUAUUGUAGUUUGGGGAGGAUAGACAUUUUAAAUGCUGCCAUCCUGCCCAGCCAGGAGAGGUACUUAUCUCCCCAUAAGGACAAACUGGCCGCCAUCUCUUUUUGCAGGGCUUCGUAAUUAGCCUUGAAUAGUCCCCCCAUUGUCUUUGUUGACUUAAUUCCCAGGAAAGAGACGCUGUCUGCUCUCCAGUCCAUUACAAACUUCUCCCGCAAUACCUGUAGUACGUCGUUAGGUACCCAAAUCCCCAUGGCCUGGGUUUUUGUCACGUUUAGUUUGUAAUAUGAGCUGUCUCCAUAUUCCUUUAUUACCGUCAGUAGGUUUGGCAUUGAAAUCAGUGGUUGCGUUAGGGUCAGUCCGCACGUCGUCCGCGAAUAGAUUGGCUUUGUAUUCCUUUUCCCCAAUGCGUAUUCCGUGUAUGGAGUCAUGUUGUCUAAUCUUUGUUGCCAGUGGCUCUAAAGCCAGAUCGUACAACAAGGGGGACAGGGGACACCCCUGUCUCGUGCCAUUUGAGAUACUAAACGGGUUUGAUAGAAAACCCGCGUUAAGUACCUGGGCUGUCGGGGCACUAUAUAACGCUUUGACCGCUGCUCUAAAGUCUCCUGGUACUCCGAAUUUUGUCAUGACUGCCUCCAGGAAAGUCCAGUGCAGUCGGUCGAAUGCCUUGUGUUAUUUGGGUAAACUGUGCAGUAUAUUCAGUACCUUGCGCGUGUUAUCCGCUCCCUGUCUCCCUAACACAAACCCAACUUGGUCUUUGUGGAUUAUCUGUGGGAGAAGAGUGCUCAGUCUCAUCGCGAAUAGCUUGGCGAAUAUUUUCGCGUCUGUGUUGAGCAUGGAUAUGGGUCUAAAAUUUUGUGGGACGGUGGGGGGCUUCCCUGGUUUCUGUAACGUUAUGAUGUGGGCCAGUAGUGUGUCUUGUGGUAUUUUCUGCGCGGCGGUCGCCUCCGUGAAUGUGUGCACCAGGUGGGGCGUCAGUAUAUGGUGGAAUUGUUUGUAGUAUGUAUUAUCUAGCCCAUCUGGGCCUGGGGCUUUGCCUUUCGGUAGUUGUUUUAUGAUGGUGUGGAGUUCUUCCUCUGUGAUGGGUCUAAUGAGAUCAGUCGCCUGUUGGGUCGUGAUUUUCGGGAGGUCUACUGUGACUAAGUACUUAUUUAUGUGUUCCGUCGUGGGCUGAAAUGUGGUGUCAUGUUUGUUAAUGUUGUACAAGUCGGCGUAGUAGUUGGCAAAUUCAUUGCAUAUGUCUGUAGGUAUCAUUUUCUUCUCUCCCGUAUGGGACACAAGAAAAGCAAUUUUUUGGUUCGCCCUACGUUCUUGCAGUCUCCUGGGCUAGUAGUCUGCUAGCUUUGUUCCCUUGCGUGUAUUGAUUCAUUUUUAACCUCUGGAGCAUGUAACCUGUUUGUUCUAUUGCCUUUUGGUGUAGCUUGUUUGUAAUGUUGGUGAUUUGCAAUUUUAGCUCAAUAGAAGGGGAGAUUUGGUUUUGUGUGUUUAAUUGGUACAAUUCUUUCUUCCAUUGCGUGGUCUGGGCCGAGGAUUUUCUGUGUAAGUAUGACGCCCUUCUGAUAAAUAUACCCCUGACUACAGAUUUGUGUGCUGCCCAUAAUGUGCCCUGGGAUAUACCUGGGGUAGCGUUCUCAGUGAAGUAAUUAGUCAAAGUCUCCUCUACCUCUUUCUUAAAUGACAUGUCAUUCAGCAAGGAAGCAUUCAGCCUCCACGGGCUGCCGUGUUUAUAGUCAUAUUGAUCUCUUACCGACAGCGUAAUCGGUGCGUGGUCCGACCAAGUAAUCUGUCCUAUGUCACAGUCUGUGAUUUGGUUAAGUCCUUGUCCAUGCAUGAGAAACCCGUCUAUCCUCGAGUACGUGUUAUGUACGUGGGAGAAGUGGGUAUACGCUCGUUCCGAGGUGUGGGAUAUUCGCCAGGUAUCAUAGUAGUGGUGUAGUGAGAGGAGCUUCUGUAGCUUUUUACACUGUCUGUGUAGUAUUUUAUACCGUGGACUGUGUUGUGAAAUGUUAGUGUCUAGUUUUGGGUCCCAGACAUGAUUAAAGUCUCCACAGAUAAUUGACACUCCUUCUUGUAUCGAGUCUAGUUUCUGUAGCACAUGUCUUAGGAACCUUCCUUGUAAUGUGUUGGGUGAGUAUAUAUUGGUGAUUGUAUAUAUCGUGUUAUUAAUGGUGCAUUUCAGUAUUAUAUAUCUCCCAUUGGCGUCCACCUCUGCGGAGAUCAUGGUAAAUGCUACCUGCUUAGAAAUCAGUAUGGAUGUCCCUUUGGACUUUGUUGGGGAGGUCGCGUGGUAUUGGUGUGGGUAGUCAGAAGCUGUCGGUGGGAUAUAAUUGUCAGUUCUGUAGUGUGUCUCUUGAAGACAGAUGACAUCCGCAUCCGUCUUCCUGAGUUCUCUAUAUAGCUGGUGUCUCUUAACCGGUAGGUUUAACCCUUUUACAUUUAGAGAAAAGAUUUUCAUGGGGGUUUAUAUCCAAUGGCUUUGAUAAGGGUCACAGUAGGUAUUAAGGACCAGUACGGGGGGUUCGUUCGUCCCAGCAGCAUCAAGUCGAGCGACUUUCCCCUAGGUGAGGGUGGGAUUUGGGCAUAUCUCACUCGCUGGGUUAGGGGCGGUUGGGUGGGCAGGGGUACCUUUGCAGAAUUUGAAAUCCAGUGGGUUAGGUCAGCUGCGUGGACUCCCUGUAGGUAUCGGGGAAUGGGCGUGGGUUGGCUGGUCUCAGCGAGACCGGGGCGGGGUGGGGGACAUAGUGAUAACCGGGAAAACAUAUAAUACAGAUGCAUAAUAAACUGGUGUGCCAUUUUCGGCUUAGGUACUCCUGGUACCUGUGGAGGCGGAAGUGUGAACUUCUUCCCUGUGGGGUGCAUUCCCCGAGUCGACCCACUCUAUAGCUUGCUAAUCGGUCUGUUAGUUUUGGCGCAUAGCCGGGCAGUAGUGCCCAGUGUAGGGUGUAAUGAAGCAUUGUGGAACAUAUAUAUGUACGUAGUUAUAGAUGCAUAUAUAUAUAUGCAUACGCAUCUUUGUUUUGAUUUUUUUUUUUUUUGUGGUUUCGAAAAUUCCUACAGAGGCCUGCUUUGUAUAGCUGUGGCAUUAACAUUUAACAUUGCUUUAUAACAAUUAUACGAUACCCCCGGUUGACUCCAUGGUCUAUUUGUCAGGACCGGCCUCUCAACAGACUCCUGCGAUCACUCGCAUAUCUGUUGUAGUCGUGGUGUUGCCUUUUAUGUCAGUCUCUUGCGCUUUCUCCAGUCUUUGGAGGUAUUGUGCGUCCUCUUUGGGCUUCGUUGUUGGUUUGGUUCGGUGAGUCCCCACCUUUGUAGUAUUAGGGCUCCUUCUUCUGGCGUGUUGAUAGCUGGCACCUUUCCUCCUCUGGACACCAGUAUUUUCACCGGGUAUCCCCAGCGGUAUGGCAGCUUGUGGAGCCGGAGCUGUUCUGUGACUUCUCUAAAUUCUCUCCUUCAUUUCAACGUGUAUGUUGAUACGUCUGCAAACACUAACAGCCCCCCAUAUGGGUCUGGAAGCGUCUUCUUCGCUCGGCUUGCCUGGAGCACUAGUUCUUUCACGUGGUAGUAGUGCAUUCUGAUGAGAAUGUCUCUUGGGGUGUCUUGAGGUAGAAAGCUGGGCUUGGCAGUCCGAUGGUAUCUGUCCAUGAGCAGCAGAUCUAGUGGCAUGUCUGGUGCCAGCGCUUUCAGCAGGCUUGUCAGGUAGGCCGCCAGCUCUGUGGGUCCCACCUCCUCACUCACCCCACGAAUUCGCAGGUUGUUGCGGCAUGCCCUGUCCUCAAUGUCUGCUAGCUUUGUCUCAUACUGCUGCAUUCGAUUGUGCAGCACUGCCAUCUCCUCUUCCAUUCCCCUGUGGGCCUUGUCCAGCUCUGCCACUCUAUUUUCAGUCCCAGCAGUUCUCACCUCUAAUUCUUUUAGGUCUUUAUGCAGUGCCCCAAUUGUGGCUUUGAAGCUGUUCUCUAGUCUUGCAGACAUCUGUUCCAGCAUUGUCCGCAUCAUCUCUUGUGUGAGAGGAGCAUCCGCUGCUAUGUCAGCAUGCUGUAGUUCUCCAGCCUCCUCGGCGCCAUCUUGGGUUUCAUCCUGCAGCAAGGCCUGUCUCCCCUGGUGUGUCCGUGAGGCAAAAAAGGCACUCCGGUCAGCUUUCUCAGCCUGUCUCUUCCCUUUAGCUUGCGACAUGAUCGUUGGGGUAUAUGGGGCCCCGUUUUCGUGUGGCUAUUUGCCAAAUUGCUCCUGUGUGGGUGCCGUCGGAGCGGAGCACUCAGCACAUGCGACCGCUCAGUACCGCCGCCAGGACACCCCCCCCUCUCCUUACCUUCUUAGCAGGCAGAAGCUCUUGGUAUACAAUCUGGGAGAGAGAAAAGGUGGAUGUAGUCAGUGUAGAAGAAAGGGAACAUGCCACAGUGUUAGACCAUAGCAGCAAGGGCAUUUGCACGGUGCGCAAAGUCAGCUUUAUCUCAAAUAAAUACAUUGUCAGCCAGUCCACACAAGUUUUGUUCCCCUACAUCCCUCUAAUAUUUACAUACUUAAUUCCCUCUGCAGAAAGCAAGAUAUGUGAAGUGUUGUUUAUAUAUACUGCCUCCCUUGGUAAACCCAUCAGGUCUUUUGGCUUCCAAUAUCACUUCUAUGCAGGUGACACGCAAAUAUAUCUGUCCUCCUCUGAUCUCUCCCCUCCUCUCUUGGCUAGUGUCUCUGAUUGCCUCUCUGCUAUUUCUAACAGGAUGGCUGCCCACUUCCUUAAGCUAAACUUGCCCAAAACAGAACUUCUGGUGUUUUCUCCCUCAAGUGUUGCUACUCCCGUUUCUGCCUCCCUCCACGUUAAUGGUGCUACCAUCAGCUCCACCACGCAGGCUCGUUGCCUAGGUGUUCUAUUUGACUCCGACCUCUCCUUUACCCAUCAUGUCCAGUCUAUCACCAAAUCCUGCCGCUUCCAUCUCAAAAACAUUGCUAGCAUCUUCCCUAUUUAACGCCAGAUGCUGGUCCAUGCCACUGUCCUCUCUCACCUUGACUACUGCAAUCCACUUGCCCACUCCAGGGAGCCCGGCCGCCCGGCCGCCCUGUGGACCCCUGUAACCGCGGUGCCCUCCACCAUGUGUUGCCACCCCAGCCUGCACAGUAGAACAGCCGAGGCUGCACGUUAAAGUGUCCAGGUGGCCCGGUCAGUGCUGUGGCACUUUAACAGCAAGACUGGGCCCCCUGAGAUGACAUAACAGCUGGGAGGAAGUGACUGCCCCGGUCACUUUCUACAAGCAACCAUCGGGAGGCGUGCGGGAGGGGGGAGUCAGGAGUGGGAACUCUGACUCCCAUCAGACUGAGACACUGGACCCCAGGGAAGUCACCCUCCUGCACCUAAAAGGUAGGAAACAGGCGGGUGACCAGGCUUUGGUGCUUUUGGCAGUGUGGGCAGGUGCCAAGUCCUGCUGGAAAAUGAAGUCAGCAUCCCCAUAAAGCUCGUUUGUGGAAGGAAGCAUGAAGUGCUCCAAAAUCUCCUGGUAGUUGGCUGCGUUGACCCUGGACUUAAUGAAGCACAGUGGACCAACACUAGCAGAUGACAUGGCUCCCCAAAUCAACACAGACUGUGGAAACUUCACACUGUACUUCAAGCAUCUUGCAGUGUGUGCCUCUCCAUUCUUCCUCCAGACUCUGGGUCCUUGAUUUCCAAAUGAGAUGCAAAAGUUGCUCUCACCAGAAAAGAGGACCUUGGACCACUGAGCAACAGACCAGGUCUGUUUUACAUUAGCCCAGGUAAGACGCUUCUGACGCUGUUUGUUGUUCAGGAGCAGCUUGACAAGAGGAAUACGACAUCUAAAGCCCAUGUCCAGCAUCUGUCUGUGUGUGGUGGCUCUUGAUGCACUGACUCCAGCCUCAGUCCACUCCUUGUGAAAAUCCCCAACACAUUUGAAUGGCCUUUUCCUGACAAUCUUCUCCAGGCUGCGGUCAUCCCUGCUGCUUGUGCACCUUUUUCUUCCACACUUUUCCCUUCCACAUAACUUUCUAUUAAUGUGCUUUGAUACAGCACUUUGGGAACAUCCAACUUCCUUCGCAAUUACCUUUUGAGGCUUUCCCUCCUUAUGGAGGGUGUCAAUGAUGGUUUUCUGCACAGCUGUCAGGUCAGCAGUCUUCCCCAUGAUUCCCCAUGAUUGUGAUUCCUACUGAACCAGACUUAGAGACCAUUUAAAGACUCAGAAACCCUUUGCAGGUGUUAUGGCUUACUUAGCUGAUUAGAGUGGGACACUGUGAGCCUAGAACAUUGCACAUUUUCACAAUAUUCUAAUUUACUGAGAUUGUGGAUUUGGGGUUUUCAUGAGCUGUAAGCCAUAAUCAUCGCACUUAUGACAAAUCACGGCUUGAACUAUCUUGCUUUGCAUGUAAUGCAUCUAUUUCAUAUAUUAGUUUCCCCUUUUACGUUGCAUUAAUAAAUAAAUGAACUUUUGCACUAUAUUCAAAUUUUUCGAGUAUCACCUGUAAAUACUUGCCUGGGAGAUGAACAAAGGAGGCAAAGGAGUCUGGAAGGUGUGAGCUGCAGCCUGGUAUGGUGGACAAGGUUCUCGGAGACCACAGUCAAGCUUUGGUGACUGGAUCCGAAGCACUCCAGUGUCCCUGAUAGCAGAAAGGAAGCUGAUCUGGCGAAGGACAUAGUCAGAGAAUGGGUGCUGCGUCACAAUAAUAAUAAUAAUACAUAAAAUUGUUUAAUAAUUUCAGGUUAACAGAUAGUAACUGAAAUGAAAAAUGAAUUGAUUUGUUUAAUCCAACAACAUUGGAUUUGCAUAUAUUCUACCUUAUAUGUAAUUGUCAUAUAUGCAAUACAAUAUUUUCCACUUUUGACACAGUAUGCUUUAGACUUUAUUGCAGAUCAUCUAAAAUUCAUGAACAUAUGGUGUUUGACACAUGAUUCUACAUCUGGGACAUUUUUAUAGUAUUCAGAUGUCAUUGUCCCAAAGUCACAUAAUAAUCCUGUGACCUUGAAUCACACCAAGAACAGGUGUUUUUCUUCAGAAAUUCAUGACAAAAAGACCAGUUUGCUGUCCAAACGAUCCAAAACGUUCUCAAUCUAAAGCAGAUUGUGAACUCUGAUUAUGGAAAUAGGAGACAUUUACGCUUCCAAGCUGUCUACAUCAUUCCUUUUUUUCCCCUCGGAUUGGGACAUGUUGCAGUAAAAUCUUAAGGAAUAAGUCAUGUGCUAGCUAAACUUUUUUGUUUUUUACUGUAACCAUUUCAAUAUAUAUAUAUAUAUAUAUAUAUAUGUGUGUGUGUGUAUGUGUGUUUGUUCAGAUAUAUGAACUCUUUAAUUUCACUAAAACCGAAGAUAGCAGACAGAGUUUAUAUUUUCCUUUGUAUUAUUUAGUAUCAUUACAAGUUGGAAAAGGAAUGUAAGAUGGAUCUCCAUCAUGUUGUGUGCUACAUCUUCCAUAAUUCUCUUGUAACCACGAUGCUGGCAAAGCAUCAGGGGUGAUGUAGAUUACAGCAUCUGCAGCGCCGAUGCUACCUACCCCUGCUGUAACAGGUAUUUAUAAAAGCAUUCUAAAAAGUAACAGUUAAACUCUGUCAUUAACUAAUUUCUUUUUUAAAGUAUUCUAAAAGUGACCAAAACAGUGCCAAUUUUCUUCGUACACCUUGCCAGUUCUCACUUUAAUUUCAAAAGACCACCAAGUUUAGAGUUUCAGAAAAAAGAGAAGUGAAAUAGAUGUUUUUUCUGUUGAAAAAAUUGUUGGAAAUAAUGAUAAAUCUAUUAUGUUGCUGAAAAAAUGACAAGUAUUAAAACAUUAGGGUUAGGGCACAAAAUAAGCAAAACAUAAAAAAAAACAGAUACAUUUAUUAAAGUGCAAUAAAAAUUUGCCAAAAAUUGGACAUCAAAAUCCCCCCCAUUCUAUAUUUAAGUAAAUACAUUUAAAAGGUUUUGUUAGUUAAAGAGAACCUGUCACACGUACAGUUACUUUAGCUCUCUUAAAAGAGCUUCAAAUUCUAUCUAUAUAUCAUGCUUGCAGUUUUUCCAGAAAAACAUAUUUAAAAACUUUUUUCUCCCAUCUAUCUCUCAAUUUCUUGGCAGACACUCAUACCACUGCUUUUCACCCAUAGCAACCGCAGCGCAAGAUAUGGUAACUGCCUAGUUAGCGCUGCUAGUGUCGGUUUGGGAGUAUAGGAAUGGAGUGACAUUACAUCACUCCAUAGAGAUUCCUGCAAGCUGUCAAUUAAACCAGAGUGUUUGUGUCAUGGAAGAGGUUUGCAUUGCUUGGGCACACUUUCAAAUGAACGAAGUGUAACACCCACCUUUGUAAGGAGAUCACGGUGGGGAAGCAGAGGGCCGGGUAUAUUGUGAUUGUGUCUCUUUAAAAGCUAAAGCCGUUAGGCAUGGUGUUUAAUCGAAAGAUGUUGCUCAUCUGAAUAUUUGCAACUACAACAUUACAUAAAUAAAUUUGAGAGGAAAACACAGACCUUGUUUCUCCUAAUGGUAUUGAAAUGGAAUCCAAGUCCAAAGUAGCUGAUCUAGAAUCUUAGGUAUAGUCAUGGUUUGGUUACUUUAACAUAAUAUUUGACAUUAGGAUUUUAUUAAUGCAGAAUUGAGAAUUAAAUAAGCCAAAAAGUCUUUUAAAUCACAAUUGUUUCAUGGUUUAAGAUUUUAGUGAUCGAGAGGAAGGCAAAAGAAAAUUCCUCUUGGCUCCAGAUGCAAACAAAAUUUACUCUGGGUAUGUGCUUUCUAGAAGGGCAUCUACCCUUUUGUCAAUACAACUUAUUUUAGAAAUAAAUGGAUCUUAAACUAUCAUCAAAUCGCCACUUCUUGUUUCUGAAGGUGUAUUACAUUUAAAAGGACAUUCCACCAUCUAAAUAAAAAAAUGAUAUUAAAUUAAUCAAAAUCGGCUGGCAGGAAGACAGCACAAGAGGGAGAGGAGGCAGCCGCAGCAUGAGGGGAAAGGAGCACUCCAGGAGCUGCUCCAGACCCCUCACUCACACCAGCUAGCAGCAGGACCAGGACUCCAAGUCACCCUACAGGACACAUAGGGCAAGCUAUGUGUCAGUGUGUCAGGGUGUGCAUCUGUGUGUGUGUAUAUAUAUGUCAGUGUGCUUCUCUGUAAGUGUGUGUGGCGGUAUGUGCGCACAAAUCUGUGUGUCAGGAUGUGCAUCUGUGUGUGCAUUUGUCAGUGUUUGUGUUUCAGGGGGCAUGUUUCUGUGUGUCAGCGUGUUUGUGUGUGUGUGUGUAUAUGUUGGUGUAUGUGUGUGUUAAGGUGUGUGUAUGUGUCAGUGUGUGUAUGUGUUGGUGUAUUGAUUUGUAUCUAUGUAUUAAUGUCCAUGUAUACCUGUGUAAGUAUGUAUGUAUGUAUGUUGUAGUGUAUUUGCAUUCAUGCAAGCAGUCAAGCACAACAUACAAACACAUUUCUGCAAUUUAACACAAAUAUUACAUACAAACACACCCCUACAUUCAAACUCCAAAAGGAUAUACAAACACAUCCCUUCACUUAGACACAAAUACUUCACACAAAUAUCCAUUUAAAGUGAACAUUACAUACAGACACACCAUUGUAUUAAAACACAAGAACUAUAUACAAGCACCCCUUCAAACACUAACACUUUAUAUUAAACUAUAGCGCCAGUAAAUGCUGCAGCGCUAUACAGAUAUACAACCUUGAAAUUUUGACUUGGGGUGCCUUAGAAAAAUAUUGAAAUAUUAAAGGCACCUUGAACCUAAAAGGCUUGGGAACCACUGGACUAACUAUUGUUCACCAUAACUUGCUUACUGCCUCAAGUUCACACAGAGCAAUCACAGCAGCAGGCAAAUUAGGUUGUGAUUGCAGUAGAAUAUGAUUCAACAUGACUGCUCACUCACCCACCAAAAAAAAAAAUAUAUCGAUAUACAGAAUAAAAAAAAAAAAACACAUUAAGUUUUAUUAAAUGUAAUUAACGUUCAAAUAAUGAAAAGUAAAAAAAAAAAAAAAUGAUGACAAUUGUCCUUUAACUGCCCUGACAAAUGAAGUAUAUGUUUAAACUCAUUAUUGAUGCAUCUUUUUUAUCAGUAAAAGUCUAUGCGUCAAGAGUUCUCCUGCUUUUCUUUUUGGGGGGGGGCGGGGGGAGGGUUGACCUUUUUUGAAUAUGGUAAUCUUAUCACAUUGCAGGUGGGGUAUGAGAAUAAAGAUACACAAUUUAUAAAAUGCAUCCUCAUAGAUAAAAUUCAUGUAUUUUAUUGCCUUUAUGUUCCAUACUCAUAGGCAAGCACUGCUAAAUCUUUCAGCAACACAUUCUGAUUCUUCUCCACAUAUUUCAACAGUAAGUAAUUCAGUUUUUAAUUAGUAUGCUUAAAGGAACACUAUAGUCUUGAUGAAGCAGUUUUGGUGUAAAGAUCAUGCCCCUGCAGUCUCACUGCUUAAUUCUCUGCCAUUUAGGGGUUAACUCCCUUUAUUUAUGCAUCCCUGGUCACACCUCCCUGCAUGUGACUUACACAGCCCUCCUAAACACUUCCUGUAAAGGGAAAUCUUAUGUUUACACUUCCUUUACUGCAAGUUCUGUUUAAUUUUGAAUUUAUUAUCUCCUGCUCUGUUAAUAGUUUGCUAGAUGAUACAGGAUGAUAGAUGAUUCAAUUUACAGAGCAGGAGAUAAAAACCGCUAGGUUACAUCUCACUGAAUAUGAAACCAUUUUGUUUUUAUGCAGGCUGUGUCAAUCACAGCCAGGAGAGGCGUGGCUAGAGCUGCAAUGACAGAAACAAAAGUGAUUUAACUCAUAAACUUAAGAGGCAUGAUCUAUACACAAAAACUGCUUCAUUAAGCUAAAGUGGUUUUGGUGACUAUAGUGUCCCUUUAAAGGAAUGCUACAACCAAGCAUGAUAACAAGUAUUUGUAGUGGUUAUGGUGCCAGGAGUGUCCUGGCGUUGUUCCAGUGUAAGUAGUCAGACCAUUUAAGAAUGGUUUAAGAACUUAUUUAGGGUCUGCUGGGUGCCUCCUCCUCUGCACCCUGGAAGCUCCUGCAAAGCGUUUCUGUAUAUAUAUUUGUUUUAUGUUGACUACACAGUUGUGUGUUUAGCAAGCUAUUCCAUCAUUGUCACAUGAACCAGCACUUCUCAUUUCUUUACCCCUUUACCUAUAACAUUUUGCUUCUACAACGUUUAUAAAAAAAAAAUUAUUUCCUUUGAACAUCUCCUAUUAGUCCAUUAAUUUUCCUCCCCCACCUCCUCACCCACGCUGAGUCUAUUCAUUAUCUCAAAUGUUAUUUUUUCUUUUCCGCUAUUUAUUUUAACUUUUCAACAGCUGGUUCUCUAAUUUUUUUUAUCUAGAUACUGAAUGCAUCAUUGUAUCUCCCACUCUGACUAGAUUCUCUUAUAAAUUAGGUUCAAUGCAUUUCUCUCUCUCUGCAAAUAUAAACAUUUUGUAACAUUUAACAGCAAAACACAUCCCAUGUGAAUUAGACUAACAUAAGAUCACCACCUUGUAUCCCUACAAUUAUUGACCACAUUGUUACCUUCUUGUCUAUCCACAUGCUCUGAAUUGAGAAGGCGUGGAUUUGGGAUUCCUCUAUUCUCAUACGUCCGUUUCCAACACAUUUUCCUAUCCCACACUAUUGCUUAUUCAGAGAAUUUCCAUUUAACUGACUCUUGAUAAUUUAAGUUCCAUACUAUUAACAUAUGUUUUCUUUGCUAUCUCUGAAUGACUGCUAAUUCAUUGUUCUUGUUUUUAUUAAAGUCUUCCACAAGGAUCAUCUGGGCUGUGAUCUACGAAACUGUGUUUAAUAUCCAGGUUAAACCAUUUUACUUUCCCGUUUUCAUAUUGUCACAUAGAAACUAGAUGAAAGACUAUAAGUCACAGUUCUAAUGUCAAUUAAAAGUUGGUUCGCAGGGGGGCAGGGCCGGACCGGCAUGCUGACCUGUCACAUGCAGGAGAGGCUCCAGAGAAAUCUGGCCUCUUAAGCUACAAUUCGCAGCUCUGAUACUCGAAAUGAGCCCAUGAGACAUCCACACGGUGGUGGAAGAGGUUGCAGACCCCGAGAUAGGGAAGCAUGAAGCUUCGGAGGCUGCAGCCUACACGGGAGGGGAGCCUGUUGGACGGCUGCUGCCCUGCCUCCAUUCCCAGCUGCCACACGCCGGCUUAAUGAUAUGCUUGCUGGUCUUGCUCCCCCCCCCCGUGUCCCCACUGAGGAGAGCUCGAGAUGUGGGGAGACUAUGGGCACUGAACACCCAAUGCCUACCUUGCAAGUUGGCGGCUCAGAACUCAUUACCAAUGGCUCAUGCUUUAUGGAGCUCCUGGGAGGAGAAGUCACACUACCCACUGCAAUGGAAGACUGCAAAGCAAGUCCGCCGUUUACUCCCGCCAGGGAGAGUUCAGGACUGUGAGAGUCACUGGAUCCUCGGUCUGCAACACACGACCCCUGGUGGGGCCGGGGCUGGAGCAGAGUCAUGACUCCAUGAUGCAAAGCGGAUUCACCCAGCAAACUCUCCAAACAGCUACUAAGCUUGCCAAGCAUUGAAGUUGGAUGACUAACAAGCCUGUAAAGGGAAGCUCUACUGCCACCCAGAUGAGUCCCUGUGAUACCUGCAAGAGCCUGUGGACCUUUAUUAUUUUGCUUAUUCAGACCUGCUGUAUCACCUCUUAACAGACUAUAAGUCUCCAGCGACCCAAUCAAGUGUAUGUAACCACAGAGGUACUCACAGCCCAACAUUGCAAGGACUCUACAAGAGUCAGCAGCGUUUAGGUUAACACUUGCUGAUCAAAACUUCUUUGACACUGAAGCCAGUUUGUUUUCCCUAACCACUUCUCCUGAUUAGUCUCACACAGAUUUAUGGAAUAUUACAGCGGCCUGCUCCGCCCCAGUGGUCUUUACUAUAUUUUGUCUGCCUACCAUGUAAACUAACGUUUAUCACUUAGUUCCAACCAUGUCUUGCCUAUCUUAAAUGCGGCAUACAUUCAGGGAAUUAGAUACAUUUAUCUAGCAUGAUUCUUCCUCAUCAAAUUUUUUUGCAGAAUUGUCAAAUGCCAUUUCACUGUAUUGUCUUGUAACAUGUUGUGACGGAUCACUAUAACCAUGGAUUACCAUCCCCUUUGUUUAUGCAGUCAACUAUGUGUUCAGGACAUUGCAUUCCCCUUUAUUUUAGUUCUCCCUGUCAUUCCCUUACCAAACAAGAAGUGUGCCACCUAUUAACAUUAUGUCCUCAAUACACUUCGAACUCCCGAACAGUUGAAACGGUUCAAAUUAAGUCGAAGUGGUCGCCAUUCAACAUUCAAACACGUGGCAGCGGCCAUCUUAAGCCGCGAGUACUAUGAGUGGUGUUUGGUCGUCGAGUUCAUGAAACUCAAAUCGGACACACAACAUCACGAACACCGCUAAAGUUGCAUCUUCCAUGGAUGUUCGACUAUUCGAACAGGAGUUGAAAAGAAGCUCCCGACCAAGAGACAUAUACUGACUGUGUUCACAAACGGCCACGUUUGGUAUUUGAAACGUUAUUUUGAAUCCUCGAAGUAGACCGGCCGCACAGCCUGAUUCUCUGGAACUGUUUUGGGCAUGAAACCAUGCAUAGGGUCGGCUAAAAUAAGACUUCCAUAAAAAUUCUGAACCCCUGAACUGAUCUGGGUGAUUUUUGCAUAUGUUGGUCACCCAGAUCAGGGCUAUCAAGGGAUUGUGGGGAUAUUGUGUGUUUUGGGGUACUUUUGGGGUUUUGUAAAAUAUAUGUUCUUUUUCACUUGGAGAUUAUUGAGUUGAUAGCGUAAUGAACUCAAUUAUAUCCUAAGCAGAAGGGAGGGAUUGUAUGCCAUGUGUGGGAGUGCCUUAGAUUGUCACUCUAUUGUUAUUGGUUUACAAAGCUGUGUCACUGUCCCCAACAAGGUCCAUGUGGGCGUACACUUUGCUUGGGGACUUGCGUUAGAAGGCCAGUGUGGCUACCAUUAAACCAUUUCUGCUUUACCCUUGACAUAGAGCCCCGCCUCGAGUUUGCAGGGACCUGCUGUUGUGGCAUUGCAAGCCAGCCUGUAUCUUUACUUGCAUAGCAAAAAUAUUUUUUUUUUAUUUAUUUUUUUAACUUGGUUCGCAAAUCAGACAAUAUAUUUAGUAUAUUGAUGUGUAUAUAUCAAUGAGAAGAUAACAUUUGAUGUGCAGCUUGGAAAGUGUCUUUAUUGUUUACACAAGUGCAGUGUUACAGGUUCUUUCUCCCCCACUCACAAAAAACUAAAUCCAUAUUACCUUAAUAUCAGACUAAAUUUGCAACAUAUAGCCAGGACAUACUUAAUAUGUAAAAUAAUUACAGUGGCAUGUGUUUAAAGCAGAGAAGCUAUAUCCUCUGUAUUCCUUUCACCAGAGCUUUUGCCUGGGUUGUUGGGUUGUCUUUGUUACAAACCAAACCUUGAGUAAAAAUGAAUAUAGUUAAGCAGGGGUAUCUAGGUUUAAAUAAUAUCCUGCACUUGAGCUUAAUGCAAAAUGUGACGACCCCCUUCCUCAAGGGUCCUCUGCAAUGCACAUUCCAUCUUUUGACUUAAUAGACUCAGUAGUAUUACUUGUCCUUGUCCCUUAAAUAUAUCAUAGUUGCGUACGGUGUGUGAUUCCAAAAGAACUAACUCUAUGAACUGGAAUACAAUCAACACUUGUGUGAAUUAUCCUUAUCUUAUUGGAACAUUGACAAGACUUAACUGGACACUUUGCACUGGCUUGCUAAUUUCUGUUUUACAUCUUGUUUUGAAUUGUGUGUGUGUUUAUUGUUAUAUCAUGCAUUAUUAGUUAUUCUUGUUUUAUUAGAAUAUAUAGGUAUAUAUAUAAUUAAGAUCUGUAUUCACUCUAAUGAAUCCAUACCUUCCAAGUAUGCACCCAUCCAUUCCAGGUACUAUAACCACAUCAAUUAUUUGAAAUGGUUAUGGUACCUAUAGUUCGUUUUCAGUGAUUAAUAAACAUUUUAAUAUGCUGGUUAUGCUAGUCUCAAAAAGCAAGGCUACCAUCUUUUUGUUGGAACUGCUUAUUAAAUCUAGACGCUUAAUGCAAAUGCAUCUAGUUAAUAUGAACCCUGUUUUUCCUAUCAGUUUUCACAAGAAGCAUGCCAUCCAGCUGACUACCAUGGCUUCAUACUCUAAUUUAGUUAUUCUGGUCCUUAUCAUCUUGGACAAGACAUCUUCACAAUCUGGCAUACCAAGUUAUCUCCUCGGUAAGAAAGAUCAAUUGCGCAAAGUGUGACUCAUAUUGGAGAAAAUGUUCUUCUUACACAAAUGCUCAAUAUGAGGCAAUUUAGUGUACACACACACGCUGUUUAUCCCUUAAAUGGGUUUUAACUUCAUUUCUUUUUUUUAUACAGAAUAUUCUUUACUAAUUCACUGGAAUGUUUGAAUAUGUAUAGUCGAUUUUGCAAUCACAUGAGAUACAAUAUUCUUAAGUGUAGAAUGUAUUGUUUACAUAUUUUUAAAGUUCAUAUUAAAAUUAAGAAAUUACAUUGCACUCACAUCUCUCGGGUUAUUCACUAAAAUGAGAAUUCAAUGUGAAUGUAAAGUAAAUUUAAAAUCUAAGAUCAAAAUAACCAAACUGGAAAAGGUCUCCAAAUAAACUAGGCUGUCAGCUUAUCUGGCCCUAAAUGUAAAAAUCAUUUUAAAUUCAAUUUCAAUAAACAAACUAGUAAAUAACCCUGUGAAUGUUAUUUUAGUGUGCACCUUGAUACUGCCAUAUCUUACUUUUUUUAUGGAUUUUGUAUCAAUAUCAGAUUUUUAUUUUAUGAGCAGACACCAAAUUGUUAAUUGCACACAUAAUAUCAUUAGUGUACAUCUGUUUUUUUUAACUUUGGGUUAAAUUGAGAGAUUUAGAGGCUCAUUUCAAACAUGAGUGCAUCCACUGGUGAGUGUCUCCAAAUUAAAUAAAUAGGAGAACAGGGUUGUUCACUAAACACUAACUUUUAUAAAACUAAAUCUGAAUGGCUAAAAUGGGCAGUUUAAAACACAUGCUAAAAAUGAGUUCAGAGAUUGGCAAUCUUUGGCACUACAGAUGUUUUGGACUACAUCACCCUUGGUGCUUUGCCAGCAUUAUGGCUGUAAAAGCAUUAUGGGACAUGUAGUCCAAAAAAUCAAGAGUGCUGAAGGUUGCCUACCCCUGAUUUAUUACAACAGCUUGCUACGUUAGCCUAAGUUUUGCCUAAGUUUAGCAAACAACCCUGUAAGCAAGGGAAAGGGAACAGAACUAACAACAUAUCAAAUUGCAGGCCAGAGCUAUAAAAAUUGCUAAAUAGGAUACAUUUCCCCAAUUUGCUUUUGGACUUUUUCUGGGUGUCGUGUGUCAAGAUUAAAGGGACACUAUAGUCACCAAAACAAUGUUUGCUUAAUGAAGCAGUUUUGUUGUAUAGGCCAUGCCCCUGUAAUCUUGCUCAUCAAUACCCCUCCAUUUAGGAGUUAAAUCACUUUGUUUAUGUAGCCCUAGGCACACCUACCUGCAUGUGACUUUCACCGUCUUCCUAAACACUUCCUGCAAAGAGUAAUCUAAUGUUUAUACUUCCUUUAUUGCAAAUUCUGUUUACAUUAGAAUUUCUGACAUCCUGCUUUGUUAAUUAUUAUUAUUAUUAUUAUUAUUAUUAUGAUAUUUAUAGAGCGCAGUCAAAUUCCGCAGCGCUUUACAAUGGGUGGACGAACAGACAUGUAGUUGUAACCAGACAAGUUGGACACACAGGAGCAGAGGGGUUGAGGGCCCUGCUCAAUGAGCUUACAUGCUAGAGGGAGUGGGGUAAAAUGACACAAAAAGGUAAGGAUAGUAUUAGACUAGUGACAGUUGCAGAAGAGGAAUCAGUCAGGAGCUAUUAACAGUUUAAUUGAUACGCUUUUAUGAAGAAGUGGGUUUUUAACGAUUUUUUGAAGGAGUGGAGACUGGGUGAGCAUCUAACGGAGGAGGGAAGCGAGUUCCACAGGAACGGUGCAGCCCUCGAGAAAUCUUGAAGGCAAGCAUCAGAGGUGGGAGUACGGACAGAAGAUAGACGUAAGUCUUCAGCAGAUCGUAAGGGCCUAGACGGGACAUACUUGUGUAUAAGGGAGGAUAGAUAGGUGGGAACAGCAUUAUGUAGAGAUUUGAAAGCAAGAACCAGAAUUUCAAAUUGAGCUCUAUAUUUUAUAGGAAGCCAAUGUAGGGACUGACAGAAGGGUGAGGCAUGGGAGGUGCGGGCGGACAGGAAGAUGAGCCUCGCCGCCGCAUUCAUUAUGGACUGUAACGGCACUAGUUGGGAGCACGUAAGACCACUGAGAAGCGGAUUACAGUAGUCAAGGCGAGAAAGGACAGUGUAAUGGACCAACACCUUAGUCGUAUCUGGCGUUAAGUAGGGGCGGAUGCACGCAAUGUUUUUGAGAUGGAAAUGACAGGAUUUGGCGAUAGAUUGAACAUGAGGCUUGAACGAGAGGUCGGAGCCAAAGAGAACACCUAGGCAGCGAGCCUGCGUGGUGGAGCUGAUGGUAGCACCGUUGACUUGGAGGGAGACAGACACAGGAGUAACAACACUUGAGGGAGGAAAGACCAGGAUUUCAGUUUUGGUCAAGUUUAGUUUAAAGAAUAGCUUGCUAGACCCUGCAGGAGACUCCCGUAUGUGCUUAAAGUUCAAUUUACAGAGCAGGAGACAAAAACAUUUAAAGUAAGUGACAUUUGACUGAAAAUGAAACCAUUUGGUUUCAUGCAGGCUGUCAGAUGAUUUUCCAUAUUACUAGGUUAAUUUGCUAUUGUCAAACAGGCAGGUUGCAACAUAAUUCCCUUACUUGUUUCAUUGUAUUCCCCAGAUAGCAUUAAGGAUAUUACACCCAUAAAUCUAAUCUCCUUAAGUAAUAACCCAAGUAAGCCUAACACUACAAGUCUUCUUAAAGGAAUACUUCUGGCACCAUAACUACAAGUACACACCAUAACUAUAACCGCUGCUUGCUUUAGUGGUUAUAUUGCCCAGAGUGUCCAGUUGCCACCCUCCACCCAUUUUAAGUUGUUUUUUUUUUUUUUUACAAGAGAGCACCAGCUUAUCUCAGCUAAUAAACUAGGGCUGUGCUCAAGUGAGCUAAAAUAAGUUCCUGCUGAAGAGCGGCUGGCUCUCUGAAAAGUAAUGUUUGUUGUCAAUGCAUUAUAACUUACUAUUUAAUAAAUAAACCCUUAGAGGCAGCAAAAAGACACAGAAAGAAGAUACUAACAGUUUUAUUUGCCUGCUCUCUAGACUGCCCUGCUGAUGUGUACAUUCUCCUGGAUACAUCGGAAAGUGUUGCACUCAGAGCUCAGCCCUAUGGAACCCUUGUGGAAAGCAUAAAGAAGUUUGCCAUAGAUUUAGUGGAUCGGAUGAAUAGCAGGUAACAGCUGUUUGAAAGCAAUUCUUGUAGAAACAUGAAUUGUCUGCAUUUCAGGUGGCUCAUGAGGACAAUAGAGAAUAUCCCUAAACAUUUGGGAUUCCACAUGUAGAAUGAAUAAGAGAUACAAAACAAACCUCAUAGGAAACAUCUGGAUGUACGUAAUCAAUAAUCAUUAGAUAAAUGAUAGCAGUGUGUACUUUUUCAUCUGCCUUGUUAAAGAACAUUUUUCUGGCUAUGAACUGUAUAGUUUUUACUCUUUGGGUCCUGUCAGCACAUUGCUGGUUCUAGUUUAGGACGUGCGUUUUUUGGCUUUUGGUGUUUUUACGCUUUGAUUUAAAAUCCUGCAUUUGAAACAGUGCGCUGUUGCCAAGGGUGCCUGCAGUAACGCAGAUUGAAGGGUGAAAUAUAAUGCUUGUCUGUGUUCAUUUUCAUGUCAUGCUGAAAAUUCUGUCAGAAUUUUGGAAACGUGAUUUCUCCAAAAAACUGUGCCCAUGGCAGAUACACUCCUGCAUGCAAACACAAGCAUUAUACACAAACACAUCCCUGUAUUCGAACACCAACAUUUGAUUUCAUACACUAACACUACACACAAACACAUCACAAAAGCCAACACUGCCAAAGAGCCAUGUAUGGAAGCACCAACAAUACACACAUACACACCUGUGCAUGCAAACAUCAGCAUUAUAGACAAAUAGACAUAUACAGACACCCCAUCCAAAAAACAUGCCUUCAUUCACACACAGGCACUGCAAACAAAUACAACCCUUCAGGGAUGGGCAAAAGGUAGAUCCAAAGUUGGCAAAGCAUUUGAGAAUUGUAUGGCAAUUGAAGAUUUACCUUUCGACCAACUCUUCUCUGUAGGGAAGGACAAAAAUGUUGUCAUCUCAGUAGUUCCAACACUGUAGGUGCACUUAAAAUUAGAUACAAACUAAUAUGUUUUAGAUCUACUAUGAGGUGAGGUAAUAUGCUGUGCCGGAGAUGAUGCUGGAUUGAUAAGAGGUGUCACAGUGAAGGUAGUCGUGGAGGCAGCCACGAGUGUGUGACAAUAUGCUACUAUUUGACUGAGUGAAGAAGGGAGGAUGAUAAAUGGUGUUUAGUAUGGGUGGCCAAAGGUAUGUCCCGGGAUGUUGUUAACCUAAAUCUCACUGGAUGCUCUGCAAGCCUCAAAGCUGACAAGUCAUCUUGGGAGGUACAGAUCUACAUCAACUGGAAAUUUACCUUUGGCUACCCCUGGUGUAGUGCAAACACAAGGCCAGUGUAAGAAAUGGCCACAAUUUAAUUUAUCAUUCUUGCUUUAGAUUCCAUCGAUGUGAUAGGAUACUGACUUGGAAUGCUGGAGCUCUGCACUACAGCGAUGAGGUGAAGACGAUCAGUGACAUGGUCAGCAUGAGGUCCAACAAGACUGGCCUCAAAAAAGCCAUUGAAGCAGUGACUUAUCUUGGAAAAGGAACCAACACUGACUGUGCCAUCUCUGCUGCUACAGGACAACUUCUGUCUGGGUAACAUACACCAGAUGGUAUUGAGCAAUAUAUGAUUGGUUGUUUUAUUUCUGUUUACUUUUAUAGCUGAAAAAACCAUGGCAGUACACACUUAUAUUAUACUCCUUGCACUAUGAAUAUAAAGAAUAAUUUUUAAAAAUGAGUAAAAGACAGAAAUAUAGAUCAUGAUAAGAAUAUACAAGCAGCACAAAAUAAAGAAGUACUGAGGUAACAUUUAAUUCAGUUUCCAACAGAAAUAGACCAACAGGAUUUUAAAAUGACUUUUUGGGGGGAGUUGAUGUCUUUUUUUUACAAUCUAUGUUUGUUAAUUUUUUAGUUUAAUUGAGUAAAAGACUAGUUGGUGAUGUUGCACUUUGUCUGCCUGGCUCACUACAACAGCCUUUACUUUUCCUGCAUAUUUUUGUUAUUGAUAUUUUUCACUCUUAUAGAGCCCCUAUUUCUUGCUGUACAUAUGAUCAUAUGCCUUACAGAUCCUAGUCUUCCUUAUGAAACCAUUGGAGCCACCUGGGGUGGUACAAUCUGUUGUUUACUAAUAUUUCAGUGCCAAGGGUUACCUCGUAGCCUGUAUCCUCUCAAGUCUUAUGUUUAGACUUAUAGUUAAGCCUGUCUAUUACAUUUUAUUUUUUUUAAGUGCAAUUCUCAUAUGCUACGACACUGAAUCCACAUGUAUGUUUACAAUAUGCUUGUCAUCAUAAGAAUAUACAAGCAGCACGUAGUUAAUCAUAAAAACAAUGUGUUAGCAAUGAAACAGCAUAUCAAAUGCUAGCUAACGUGAUAUAAAUUUAGCAAAUAUGUAUAAAAAAAGAAAAAAGCUGUAUUUCAUUAAAGUGGAUGACAGCCUUAAAGAAGAGGCUGUUGUCCGCAGACAGACAGAUAGAUUGAUGAUCAAAUUACAGCAUGUAAGAGAUAUAAGGGUGUAAUAUAUUUUAAUAAUAUUAUGUUAGUUUCUUCAAUAUUCUAGGAUUACAGGAAGAACUCGGCUGAGAAACUCAGAAUUUAAAGGAACACUAUAGGGUCAGGAAAAUAUGUAUUCCUGAUCCUGUAGUGUUAAAACACCAUCUAGCUGUCCCACCCCUCCCUGACUCCCCCUUGCCCUCCUAAAUAUAGUAAAAGCUUUCCUUUAUUCCAGUCUGAUGCUUGCUCUGCCCCUGAUCUGCAUGUUUGGCUGAAAUCGUCAAAAGUGUUGAUCUGAGCCAAUUACAAUGUUUUCCCAUAGGAAUGCAUUGGAUUGGCUGAGCUUGUCAAGGACGCAGAGCCAGCAAAAGCCAAGCACAGCCCUGGCCAAUUAGCAUCUCCUCAUAGAGAUGCAUUGAAUCAAUGCAUCUCUAUGAGGAAAGUUCAAUGUCUCCAUGCAGAAGGUGGAGACACUGAAUGGCAGUGCUGCAGCCCCAGGAAGUACAUCUAGUAGCCAACUGAGGAGUAGACAGUGGAGGUAUCCCUAGGCUGUAAUGUAAACAGUCUUUUUGCGACAAAAAGCAUGAAGGAAAUAAUUAUACUCACCAGAACAAAUACAAUAAGCUGUAGGUGUUCUGUUGAGUAUAGCGUUCCUUUAAAUAAUUUUGUAGACGUGUCAUAUAUCAAGAUCGAUUUCUACACAUUACUAGACAGUGUAGAGAUUUGUCCUUAUUUGCCUAUGCUUUGUAAAAGCAAUCUAGGCUUGUGCAAGCAGACUGUGUAUUUUUAGCCUAAUCCUCACUUAUACAACAAAUUCCCCUUCAUUCCUGCAACCUGAGAAAACCACUUUUCAUAUGGAUUGUAUUUCUCAUCGGGAAAGUUCUAACAAUGUGCAUAGAAUCUCUCCAGGCUUCCCUAGAAAGGAAUAAGCUGUGACAGGGAGCCGCUUCUAUUUCAUGGUUUGUAUAUACUGGCAGCUGGAGAAACUGAAAAUAUUUUUCUCCAAAAUCGUGCCUGGAUUUCUUUGCGUACUAAAGUUAAAAGAGUUGUGCAGAUGUGUCCAUUUGAAUCCAACGGCCUGUGGCGAUGCCAUAUGAAAAAUAUUGCAUUUUAAAGACUGAUUAUGGUCUUACUUCGUUUUUCAUUAUUUUGAUACAUAGGAAUUUUCAGAUAUAGUGAUUCAUUAUACACAUUAUGCACACAUGAGAACAGUAGCAGAUGUUGAGUUUCAAUUUGUGGACUUAUAAAAAAGCCAAAAUGUUCCUCUUGUUGUCCAAUAGCCAGCAGGGAACUAACUGCAUAUUAGGAUAGUCUAGAAGAAAGCAUAUGAUUCCUUCCUAAGGAUCAAUGCUCCAGUUUUGUUUAUUUAUUCAAUUCGGUGCCUCGUGAUUGAAGGGAGAUGGCCAAUGAAUGUAUUCAUUUAUAUUUUGUACUAAAACAUGCCUAUGUAGUUGGCAUGGCUCAAUUCAUUCAAAUCCAGUGAAAUGUUUUAUCUUUGUUCAGUUUGGAUGAGUAUAGCCAUGUCUCUUAUACCACAAAAGCCAUCCUCUUAAAGUGACGGUGUAAGGAUAAGAUCAUGGAGAAUUCUUAGUCUAAAUAAUUGUUUCUAAAACCUGUCUGCUUAGUGGAUUUCAUUACAUUCUCCACCCAGUACCAGUACAUAGUUACAUAGCUGAAAAGAGACAUGAAAGGUCCAUCAAGCGUCUCUUGCAUCUAUUUUUGCAGUUGGUCCAAAAGAAUGGGGGAAAAACAGUUUGAAGCACUUCCAAUUGAGCAACAAUCUAGUAAAAAAUACUUUCUUGACCCCAGCAUGGCAGUCAGAUAUCACUUGUCACCAGUUAUAUCAUUAAAUAUUGAGUUUUUGCAAGAAUGUAUCCAAUUUCUGUUUAAACAUCAGUAUAGACUCUGAUAAAACUACAUCUUCAGGCAGAGAAUUUCACAUCCUUAUUGUUCUUACUGUAAAAAAAUACUUUUCUUUGCCUUAGACUAAACGUUAGACUAAAAGUUCCUUUUUUUUCAGUCAAAAUGAAUGAACCUUGUGUCCUAUGUAUAGUCCUGUGUAUAGUUCUGUUAAUAAAUAGAUUCUCAGACAAUGGUUCUUUAGAAAAUCCUUCUUUACGUGCUCAAAAUUGAACAGUAUAUUCAAGGUGCGGUCUUACCAGUGAUUUAUAAAGUGGCAAAAUAAUCUGUUUAUCCCAAGAAUUAAUGCUCCUUUUUAUACAUGACAAUACCUUACUGGCCUUAGCUAAUGCUGAUUGUCUAUAAAAAAAAAGUCUAUAAAAAAAUGUUUAUAUACAGUUGUUCCAUAAACAAAGAUCAUAUAUAUGUGACAAAAAUAUUCAAGAUACUGUCUAAAGCAUUUCACUUCCCAAAUAUUUUUUUAAAAAGCUGAAUGAAUAAUUGAAAAAUAAAAUCUGUGUACAUUUAUAUAAUUUUAAUUUUUACAUUUGUCUGCAAAGCAACCUAUGCACAACAUUUUACUAAAUAAAGAUUGUAAAAAAAAUUAUAAUUUAUCAGUCAGUCUGGAGAAGCUUUUGAUUUGUAAUAUAUCUGCAAAGUGUAUGCAAACUGAAAUGAAUGGUAAUUCAUUCCACUAAUAUAUUAUUAUGUUCUUUACCUACAUUUAUUAGAUAAACCUCUAUCUGUAAGUCAAAAGUUGUCUAAAAAGUACAUAUAAACUUGUCAUUCUACUAGUUAUGACCUCAUGUCCACUUAAUGCAAGUAUUUGAAAUGCUAAAAUAUAAUGCUGUUAUUUGUUGUUUUUAGUUGAAAGGAGCACUAUAGGAUCAGGAACACUGACCCUAUAGUGUUUAAUCAACCAUUUAGGGGGCGUGCCCCCCCCCCCCCCUCCCAAGUCCCCUUAGAAAGUGUUAAAACUCACCUUAUUUCUGCUGGCCUUGUCCCGAUCUGCCUCCUUGGUGACAUCAUCAGAAUUUCUGAUUUUUAACUAAUCAAAUGCUUUCCUAUAAAGAAAGCAUUGGAUUUGCAGAAAUUGGCAAAGAGGCGGGAUUGGGGCAGGGCCAAAUGCUAUUUUGGCCAAUCAGCACCUCCUUAAAUCAAUGCAUCUCUAUGAGGAAAAUUCAGCUGCCUAUUGUGCUGCCUACUGUGCAGAACUGCCCCAUGAGGCACCUCCAGUGACCUUCUGAUGAGUGGCCACUUGGAGGUGUCCCUAGAGGGCAAUGAAAACACUUCCUUUUCUCUGAAAGUAGUGUUUGCAUGAAAAUGACUGAAGGCAAUGGUUAUCCUCACCAGAAGAUGUAUGUGCGAAUUAUAUAGCACCUUUUUUUUUCUUGAUUUAUUGGUGAAUAGCGUGACUGUGUAACAAUUGCAUACUUUUAAGUGAAAUAUUAUCUUGAUUGUUUUUUUGAUGAAUGUAAGGUGCCUGCCAUAAUCUAGCACAGGUACCUUUUGGCACGUCUGAUGUUGUGGACUAUGUAUCCACUGAUGCUUCAUUAGCAUUAUUGCUGUAAGAGCAUUAAGGGAGAUGUAGUCUACAACAUCUGAAGUGCUGAACGUUCAUUAUCUUCAUUAAAAGUGUUUUCACAAAUCCUUUUAUAUGAUGACUGCCUUGAUAAUUCCUGGUUCUGUUCUGUUACUUCCUGGUUUGGUUAGCUCAGUGGAGCCAAACUCAAGAAGCUGCCAAUUGCCCAGAGCACCUGUCUUGCAAAGACUUCUCAUUGAGCAGCAUUGGGAAGUCUGUGAUUGGACAGCCCCAGAUAGUCUGGGAUCAGAAGGGGAGGACUUGCAAAGACAGCAGACAAGAGAACUGCAGCUUUUGCUAAUUAUUUUCAGAUAUAACCCCAAUACAAAAUGUGUAAUUAAAUGUAUGUAAGUUUUAAUUUGGAGUAUAUCUACUAAACAUUAAUUUUUGAAAAACCAUUUAUUUAUUUUUUGGGCAAUGUAGUGUCUAUUUAAAUGCUUUCCUACUGCUGCUUGUGCUAAUUUGGGCAAAUAUUAAAGCGUUUUGUAGAUCUGAAAAGGAAGUACAUGUAUGUAUUGAAUUUAUCUUCUGUCAUACUUGUUUCCUUUUGCAUCCAUUUGAAGUUCAUUGUUUUCAUAUGUGAUGCGUGUUUUUUAUUCACAUAUGAGAAUGAUCAAUUUUAAAGCAUACAGUGGAUUGUACUGAACGAGACGUGCUUAAGUGGUUGAAAUAAGCACACUUCAGCUGGAUUUGCCUUUAUUAUGAGAAUAACAAAUUUGGUUGUGGUUUGGCUAUUUAAACGGAAUCAGUCCUUAGUGAAAAAAACUACAGUGCCUUGCAAAAGUAUUCACCGCCCUUGACUUUUUACCUAUUUUGUUACAUUACAGCCUUAAAGGGACAUUAUAGUGACCCAGACCACUUCAGCUCAAUGAAGUGGUCUGGGUGCCAGGUCCCUCGGGUUUUAACCCUUCACAUAUAAACAUAACAGUUUCAGAGAAACUGCUAUGUUUACAUUUGGGGUUAAUCCAGCCUUCCGGACAGCCACUAGAGGCGCAUCUGCGACACUGGAAGUGAAUUUCGCCUCCAUCGCGCAGAGCGUCCAUAGGAAAACAUUGAAAAAAUGUUUUCCUAUGGACACUUUGAUUAAGGUAAGUGGCUGAUUAAGGUAAGUAGCUGAAGGGGUUUUAACCCCUUCAGCGCCACGGGAGGGGGACCCUGAGGGUGGGGGCACCCUCAGGGCACGAUAGUGUCAGAAAAAAACGCUUUGUUUUCCUGACACUAUAAUAAUCCUUUAAGUUCAAUGUUUUAUUAAUCUGAAUUUUAUGUGAUGGAUCAGAACACAAUAGUCUAAGUUGGUUAAGUGAAAUGAGAAAAAUAUAUACAUAAAACUAUUUUUUAUAAAUAGAAAACAGAAAAUUGGCAUGUGUGUAUGUAUUCACCCCCUUUGUUAUGAAGCCCAUAAAAAGCUCUGUGCAACCAAUUACCUUCAGAAGUCACAUAAUUAGUGAAAUGAUGUCCACCUGUGUGCAAUCUAUGUGUCACAUGAUCUGUCAUUACAUAUACACACCUUUUUUGAAAGGCCCCAGAGGCUGCAACACGUAAGCAAGAGGCACCACUAACACUGCCAUGAAGACCAACGAACUCUCCAAACAAGUAAGGGGCAAUGUUGUUGAGAAGUACAAGUCAGGGUUAGGUUAUAAAAAAAUAUCCAAAUAUUUGAUGAUCCCCAGCAGCGCCAUCAAAUCUAUCAUAACCAAAUGGAAAGAACAUGGCACAACAGCAAACCUGCCAAGAGAUGGCCGCCCACCAAAACUCACGGACCGAGCAAGGAGGGCAUUAAUCAGAGAGGCAGCACAGAGACUUAAGGUAACCCUGGAGGAGCUGCAGAGUUCCACAGCAGAGACUGGAGUCUCUCCACAUAGGACAACAAUAAGCCGUACGCUCCAUAGAGUUGGGCUUUAUGGCAGAGUGGCCAGAAGAAAGCCAUUACAAAAUGGCACGUUUUGAGUUUGCGAAAAGGCAUGUGGGAGACUCCCAAAUCUAUAAAGGAAGGUGCUCUGGUCUGAUGAAACUAAAAUGUAACUUUUCGGCCAUCAAAGAAAACGUUAUGCAAACCCAACACAUCACAUCCCAAAGAGCAACAUCCCCACAUUGAAACAUGGUGGUGGCAGCAUCAUACUGUGGGGAUGUUUUUCAGCAGCCGGGACUGGGAAACUGGUCAGAGUUGAGGGAAAGAUGGUGCUAAAUACAGGGAUAUUCUUGAGCAAAACCUGUACCACUCUGUGCGUGAUUUGAGGCUAGGACAGAGGUUCACCUUCCAGCAGGACAAUGACCCCAAACACACUGCUAAAGCAACACUUGAGUGGUUUAAAGGGAAACAUGUAAAUGUGUUGGAAUGGCCUAGUCAAAGCCCAGACCUCAAUCCAAUAGAAAAUCUGUGGUCAGACUUAAAGAUUGCUGUUCACAAGCGCAAACCAUCCUACUUGAAGGAUCUGGAGCAGUUUUGCAAGGAGGAAUGGGCAAAACUCCCAGUGGUAAGAAGUGGCAAGCUCAUAGAGACUUAUCCAAUGCGACUUGGAGCUGUGAUUGCCGCAAAGGGUGGCUCUACAAAUGAUUGACUUUAGGAGGGUGAAUAGUUAUGCACAUUGACUUUUUCUGUUAUUUUGUCUUAUUUGUUGUUUGCUUCACAAUUAAAAAAAAAAACAUCUUCAAAGUUGUGGGCAUGUUCUGUAAAUUAAAUGAUGCAAAUCCUCAAACAAUCCAUGUUAAUUCCAGGUUGUGAGGCAACAAAACACGAAAAAAGCCAAGGGUGGUGAAUACUUUUGCAUUGUAUAUCACUUUAUCUAUUGCAUUCUGUGCUUGUUACUUUAAGUGGAAUGCCAUAUUUUCAAGCACCUUAAUUUAUAUGGAUGAUGUCAUCUCUGUGAUCAAUUUCCUGUAUAUCAUUGUAUCCGUUAAAUUACAUUUACGUAAUAUAAUGUAAUUAAAAUUAUCUUUUUUUUUUCCUCCAUCAUUUCACACUGGACAGGGGAGGCUAUAGAAAGGGGAAUAAGUUCAUGGUAAUUGUAACGGAUGGACACCCCAAUGAUGGUUACAAGGAACCUUGUGGUGGAGUCAGCUAUGCUGUUAGUGAAGCAAAAUCUGCAAACAUUAAGAUCUUCAGUGUUGCAAUCACUCCUAGCCAUGCGGUAAAUAGCAAUAAAUCAGCAACUGCGAUACACAGAAAUCCUAUAAAAUGCAUGUAUCAUAAAACAGAACUGUUCUUUUAUGGUAGAUGUAGAUAGACAGAUGGAUGGACAGACAGAUAAUAGCAACAGACAAUAUUGAUCAUGUGUCAGAUGCAAUGCUUGAGAGAAAGAAAAUGCUCUUUUGUUGAUUUUGGGAGCAUAUUACAUAUUUACAGAAAGUGGUGCAAAGUUAAAAAUGUUUGCAAUCACCAUAGAAAUGACCGUGUUCAGCAGUACCACUUUUCUAUGAACAUUUUUAUAAUCUCCCUAUAGUGCUGCUGUUAAAUAUAUAUAAAUUACAAUUAUAUAGUAAACAAUAUAUUUUGAAAAACUUCAUCUGUGCUACUUUUUAUUUAUUUUUUUAAAUAAUUAUACUCAGUUGUCAUCUGUGAGUUGGUUUAAUGUGAAAUAACGCAGAAUGUGGACAGACUUGCGCAUGGCAGGAUUGCUUGGUUCAGCCCAAAUUUUUUUUCAAAGUUGAAAUUUUGUUUUGAAUGUCUGACAGUAGUUCAUGUGACCACUCAACUUGGUUGAACAUUGCUCAUGAAGAAAUAUUCAGGGAAACAUUCAAACAAGCCAAAAUAGGCAAAAUAUCAGAAUAUUGCAAUAUGUAUAUAUAUAUAUACACACAGACAUCCCAACAGAGGAGGUGGCUUCACCAGCUACUGCACCAACUCCUCCAAAGCAUGCAUGUCCCCCCCACACCAAACAUGUACGAGCACCUUAAAACACAGAUACACAUACUGGCACACAGAUACACACACACUGAAACACAUACACUGUCACAUACACUCAGAUACAUACACUGACACACAGAUACACACAUUCAGAUACACACACUGGCACAUACACAUACGGUCCUACACACAAUCUGACAGACAUACAUGCCAUACUUUAUACAUUUGCAGCCGCCCUCCUGUUAGCUUACCUUUGUGUCCAGGAGAGUGGCUUGCGUAGGUUCUGUUCCUGGCUGAGGCUGAUGAGAAUGAGCAUGCAGCAGCAGCUGCCGACCGGGCCCCUGUUUAGCAAGUUUAGAAAGUAUUAUUUAGCAAGUAUUAUACUAAAUAGUACAACAUCUUGGAAAUCACUCACACACACUGUAUGUCAGAAUGUGUGAUUUAUGGGAUAUUCUAUAUGAUUUGUGGCUGUCAUGGAUCCCUAUUCAAAAUGUGGGAUUCUCCCGGAACUCUAAAUAUGUAUGGCACAUUUUCCACCAUUUGGUUCACAGAUCAAUUUAGAAAAAGUAACUAAUAGAGGGAAAGGUGCUGAAGCAGCACAAAAGCUUUGUAUAUAUUAUAUAUACUUAUUAGAUAUAUAAUAUAGAAAUAUUGAUUUUUUUUUUACUGCUUCUCAUUUUUUCCCUCUAUUGGUCACUUCUAACUUGGUCUGUGGGUAAAAUCAACAUUUAGUGGGUGUUCUGUAAUCAUCAGUCAUCUUUUUUCCCAUUCUUUUGUUAAGCCAUGGCUAGAAAGACAGAUACUGAACCAAACGAACAUAUUUGGUCAUCAUCCAAUCUUAUGCUCGAUUCUACGUCCAUACAGCACUUCAGAGAUCAGUCCAAAUUCAGGCUAAUCACAAUUUAGAUGAAUCUCUAUGCAAAAGUCUAGUACAUAAUUAAUAUUACGUAUCAAGCAUGUCAGAAGGCUGCACAGUAUAGUUCUCGAAGUAACGUUUAUAAUAUUUUACAGGCUGAACGCAUGAAAGAAAUUGCCACAGAUUCUAGAUAUAAUCACAUUUUAUCAGCAGCCAGUGACGACUCUGCAGGACUUAAGCUUACAGUAACAGCCAUCAUCAAUCAAAUAGUGAGUAAAAUCACCUUGUGUGUGUCAUAAAAUCUCUCUCAUAGAUUUACCAGGAAAAAAGCUGAUAUGAAACAUUUUAUGAGUGAGUUACCAUGGAAUUAUAAGACAGUAUUCCUUCUUAUUCUGCCAACAUCUAUAGUCAUCUUGGUGUUUAAUUGGAUUAACCCCUUAAGGACACAUGACAUGUGUGACAUGUCAUCAUUCCCUUUUAUUCCAGAAGUUUGGUCCUUAAGGGGUUAAUUUGACUACAUGGCUAACAAUAAGUUCAUGUGAAAUACGAUUUGUAGGUAGUGAAAAAAAGAGAGACAGAUGAAAGUUUGUUUAUAUUUAUAAUUUUAUUUUAGCUGUAAAAAUAUUGAAAAGCAAGGCUAUAAUAUAUAUAUAUAUUAUCAGAAAAUUCUUUAAGUUUGGAACUGGAGGUUAACCCCCAAAGCUGAAUUUAAAUUGUGAUGUGAUAACUUAUUAUUGACAGUUCAAAAUAUAAAAAAUAUUUGCAAUACAUGUACUUGUAGAAGUUCUAAGGUUUUACAUUUUGAUUGAUCACUAUAACAUAGUGAGGUUAAGUAAAUUAAUAAAAAGUGAUAGCAACCCUCAGUAUUUUCCAAUAGUUAGCGUUUUUCGGUCAGAAUUGGGCCCCAACGCUGUAUUUCAGUGAUUAAAAAUGGUACAUCAUGUUUAUCAAGCUCCAGACCAAUAAAUUACUAUGGCAGCAUGGUUUUUCCAGGUGAAAUGGAGACUCGUUUGACACCGGGACAAAAUCUAGUAAAAGUGUUUUGCCAUUUUAUAUUUGCCAUAUAUUGCCUAGUGGUUGAAGAAUGGGUCACUGAGGGAAUUUUAAAAGUUGAAGAAUUGGUCACCAGGCUAAUACCAUUUAUGGAAUUUGAGUCCUUGUUGAAAAAAAGUUUAGAACCAUUGUGUUAGACUUGAUUCCCCUAUUGUGUCAGGCAAUAACCGGAAGAAUCAGUAACUAUCAUGAGAUAAUUAUUUGACCUCUUUCUACACAAUAAAGAUUAAACCCGUUUUAAAGGUACACUCCUUGUCCCUUCAGGCUUAUGUUAGACAACAGCAUCCUUAGACAUAAUAAGUAAUUACUUGUAGCAAAUUUGAAACCGUUGAUUGCAAUCUGCAUGACAUGUUUUGUUGGAAAAAUUAUCUAUAACAUAUGUGAUAAUGACAUUUUCUUUUCUUUUUAAACAAGUUGGAAGAUUCACAUAUCACGGUAAGUUCUAAAAACUGACUGUAUAGCUUACAGCUUUAUCCAUUGUUAUCAUAUAAUAAUUUGCUUUGUUGGUUUUGGUUUUGCAGUGCUGUGAGUUUGAAUGUGAGGUAAGAACCAAAUCACUGUUUUUUCUGUACAUAAUUAGUCCAAAAUUUAUUUUGACUGUAAUUUUGUGUAAUCUUAAAGAACCUCAGCACUUACAUUUAUUUUUAUUUAACAGGGAAUACGAGGGUCACCUGGACCACCUGGGAGUUCUGGUGAACUAGUAAGUCUCUCACUCUUUUAUAUUCAUGCUUAGCUUUUCUUAUUCUUUUCAUUGUAUCUUGAAAAUACUUACUAGGCUUGCAAUACAAGGUCUUACUGAAACUGAAAAGACUGUUACAGUUUACCAUUCUUGUUCUGCUGUAUUUUCUAUUGUAGGGCAGUGAAGGAAAAAGGGGUCCCUCUGGCAAACCAGGAGGUGCUGGAUCAAAGGUAAGAGUUUAAACUUGUCUAAUACUGAAAUUCGUAUUACAUAAGGUAAUGUGCAAAAAUCAAUCAUUGCUCCUAGUACUUUGUUCGUAUUAGCCUAGACUAGAAUGUGUAAGCUGUGUGUUGCUUAUUUUCCAGUUUUGGAUUAAUUUAUCGAUCAUUUAGAUAAAAGCAUAAGUGAGAAAUGACCUGAGCAGAGAGUAAAGUCAGUGGCGUCACUUAGGCUCAUGUCACUCCACCAUGGACCUCCUCCCAUACUAUAUCAUGCUAAACCUUUUAAUGUUUUUUGGGUUGAUGUUACUCACUGGGAUGAAACCAGGAACCACUGAUACAGAUGAAAGAAUAAAAAAAACACUCAUCCCUUCCUUGCUUGCCCUAAGAAACAGACCUGAGUGGAUUGUUUGUGGUGGAUGUGAGUGGGGCUUUGACAGAGUUUGAUUGUGGUAAUUGGUUGAAUGCAAUAUGUAAGUGUGGAGUUGUCUGAGCGUGAUUGUGUUUAUAUGUGGGACUUUGAGUAUGAUUGCGUGUGAGGGUUGUGUGUGCAAUAUUACUAAUAUUAAUGCAGAAUUAUAAUUAUAAAAUGAACACAUGCAUACACACAACCACAGACCCAAGCACAUACACGCACCAACAUGCAUACACAGGCAUACACAGGCACACACAGACACACACCAAAGCUGAUGAAUAAGGAGAUCUAGCACUCUUAACACCCAAUAACUCCUAAGGCUACACUAGUCUCCAAAGUAUAAAAAAGAAAAUAAUAGCAAUGCAUCAACACCAGGUAGUUUGCACAUGGAGAUCUUUAUUGCACUUGUUUGGAUUGGUGCAUUGUACACCGCCCCCAUUGCUAGGAUCAACCUGAAUGGAUAUGAACUUUUCAGUUUGAGCCAGUGUUGUCCCAUUUCUUCACUUUUAUUUGCCCUUGCACUGGAGACUUUGCUAAAAAAAAUAAAAAAAAUAAUCAACACUGAUCUAUUUAUGGCAUCCAUGCACCCACCGAAGAGCACAGGAUCUCAGCCUAGGCUGAUGACGUUCUGUUCCUGGAGACCCAGCCCUCAAUCUCACUUACACAUAUCAUCCAAGAAUUUCAGAUUUAUGUUUCACUCAGAUACCUGAAAAUGAAUAUGACAAAGUCUGAAAUCCUUGGCUUCAUUAUUUCAGAUGCUCAGUGUGAACAAUUGAAGCAACAAUUUCAUUUCUAAUGGCAAAACAACAGUUUAAAAGAUGUAAAUAUUCAACUUACAACAUCCACUUAGAAACUGUUCCAAAGCAACUUCGCUCCACUACUAUUAAAAACGACCUUCUCCAUUGGUCAGUUCUACAUGUCACAUGGCUAGGCUGCAAUAGCAUUUCAAAAAUAAAUAUUAUUCCCUGCUUAUCAUAUCUUUUUCAAACUUGCCUGUACACAUCCCUACGCAUACUUUUAAUCCUUGGAAUCAGUUUUUACCAGGCCCACAUUGGGUAAUAGACCCCCAAGAUUGCAAUUUGGUACCCUUAUGAGAACUUAGAAGAGUGGAGGCCAUGAGAUGCCAGACCCAUUAAGUUAUUAGUUAGGGCCUCCCAUUUCCUGCAUUUAGUGGAGUUGGCUGAUGCACCCCCACAUAAACUAUGGGUCACCUUUUAGAAGCUAGUGAAAUGCUAUUUGUCAUCCUUACUGUGGCUGUGUCCCAAUCUUGACUAUGCCCAAUUCUCAGCCCUCCAAACUAUUUCUCCCACAAUGAAAAUCUUGUCUAAGCUAUGCCAUUCUACCCACUACAUCUCUGUGCUCUUCUUCGUGUCUGACCUGCUCCAUGAAUAUUGGCAACUUCCAGCCAAAACACACACUCCAAUAUCUUCAAAUACAUUUAUUGGAGCAAGUGAGACACCGCAAUGUUUCGAGCCCUGAUAGGGUCUUUGUCAAGCUACUUCACACCAGAAAUGACAACAAUUUAAAGGCAGAAACAUAGUGAAAGUGUAAAAUCAACUCAACAAUUGAUCAAUAGUCAAUUUAUAAUGUAUAAUUUCACCCUGUUCCAAAUUAUUAUGCAAAUUAUAUUUUUCUCAUUUACCUAAAUAAUUGAAAUAACAGUCAGCAUAAUUAUCAACUAUUAAGAGUAGAAUUCAAAUUUUAUUGAACAAACCUCAUAAUGAUUACAGUAUUUUUUUAAACAUAAAAAACUUGCAACAAUGCACUGUUCCAAAUUAUUACGCACAGUAAGUUUCAAAACACUUUAUAGGUUGUAAAGAACUUAAAAUUGUCAUUUGUUGUGUUUACAGCAUACUUAUUGAAAUCAAAAGCUAUUUCAAUCAAACCUCAACAACAUUUUAACUUUUUAGACAUUUUAACAGGUCACGUUACAUUUUAACAUAGGACCCCUUAUUUGAUAGCAGGUUCACAAGUCUUGCAUCUAUUGAACUUCUGAGUUUUUGGACAGUUUCUGCUUGAAUUUGUUUGCAAGAUCUCAGAAUAGCCUCCCAGAGCUGCUGUUUGGAUGUAAACUGCUUCCCACCCUCAUAGAUCUUUUUCUUGAGAAUGCUCCAAAGGUUCUCAGUAGGAUUGAGGUAAGGGGAGGAUGGAGGCCACACCAUGACUUUCUCUCCUUUUAUCCCCAUAGCAGCCAUUGAUGCAGAGGUAUUCUUUGCAGCAUGAGAUGGUGCAUUGUCAUGCAUAAAGAUGAUUUUAUUACUGAAAGCAUAGUUCUUCCUUCUGUACCAGGGAAGAAAGUGGUCAGUCAGAAACUCCACAUACUUUGCAGAGGUCAUCUUUACACCUUCGGGGACCCUAAAGGGGCCGACCAGCUCUCUUCCCAUGAUUCCAGCCCAAAACAUCCACCACCGCCUUGCUGACGUCGCAGCCUUGUUGGAACAGGGUGGCCGUCCACCAACCAUCAACUACUCCAUCCAUCUGGACUAUCCAGGGUUGCACGGCACUCAUCAGUGAACAGGACUGUUUGAAAAUUAGUCUUCAUGUAUUUUUCUGCCCAAUGCAGCCAUUUCUGCUUGUGAGCAUUGGUUAGUGGUGGCCGAAUAGAAGGUUUAUGCACAGUUGCAAGACUCUGGAGGACUCUACACCUUGAUGUCCGUGGGACUCCAGAGGCACCAGCAGCUUCAAAUAUCUGUUUGCUGCUAUGUAAUGGUAUUUUAGCAGCUGCUCUCUUUAUCCGAUGCAUGGAUCUGGCAGAAAUCUUCCUCAAUGUGCCUUUAUCUGCACGAACCCGUCUGUGCUCUGAAUCAGCCACAAGUCUCUUAAUAGUGUGAUGAUCAUGCUUAAGUUUUCGUGAACUAUCUAAUAUUUUCAUACCUCGUCCAAGCCUAUUUAACUAUUUCACUCUUUUCGGCAGCAGAGAGAUCCUUUUUCUUCCCCAUAUCCCAUGAAAAUGGUGCUCUGCUUAAUAAUGUGGAACACCCUCCUUUGGCAGUUUUUCUUUAAAUUGGGCUCACCUGGCAAUCUAAUUAUCACAGGUGUCCGAGAUUGUUUUCAGUGAUAAAAAGAGCCCUGAGACAAUGCCAUCCAUGAGUUAAACUGAAAAACAAAAUAUUUAAUCUUUGUGACACUUAAAUAGAAUUUGCAUAAUAAUUUGGAAGAGGGUGUAGAUGUGACGUGUGAAGUCAUCGCGUAUGGGUACUUCACAUGCACGACGGGAGGGGGCGAAUUUGAGUCUUACCUGAUCUGGGAAGUAACUUUUCUUAGAUUCAAGCUAUCAGGAUCUGCAGAUGUGCUUUAUUGUUUUAUACUGUUUCUCCGAUCAUUUAUUUUAGUUUUUAGUUAACUUCAUUGGAUCCAGCUGGUGAGUUGAUCUGGAGUAAUAGUGAGUACCAACUUAUGCUUAAUUAAUUACAUUAAUGGCUAAUUAUAGAUUAUUAAUUGACUAUUAAUCACUUGAUGAGUUGAUUUUACACUUUUACUAUGUUUCUGCCUUUAAAUGGUUCUAAAUUCUGGUGUGAAGUAGCUUGACAAAGACCCUAUCAGAGGUCGAAACGUUGCGGUGUCUCACUUAUUCCAAUAAACGUAUUUUAAGAUAUUGGAGUGCCUGGAUCCUCUUUCUACUAUUGGUAUCUACUCCUCUGGGCUCGUGCGGGCCUUUGUACAGUUUUAGCAACCUUUAGUUCACGUGAUUGGAGUUCUUUUUGACAUUUUUUUGCAAAAACACACAGAGCAGACUGGACAGAGAAAACAGCACAGAACUAGUGUAUAUGGGCUGAGAUGCUUCCGGUGUCUGCCCCUCUGAUGGAAGCCCACACUCCCUGCAUGCACCCACCUAGUGAGGACACCGAGUACAGUAAAACUUUAUUUAAGCUGAAUAAUCAUAUUUGUUUAUCAGAAGCAAGAUUCAGUUAUAAUAUUAAGACGGUGGUUGGGCCAGAUCUCAUUAAGUGUGAAGAAUGACUCACAUGUCAGGGGAAGAUAGUCCCAUUCCAAAUAAGGCGAUCAGAAAAAAGGGAGAAUAAAUGCACCAUCAAUCUCAAGAAGCAGAUGUAUGUCUGGAAUUUUGGUCCUUUCUGCUGUGAGGCCCUUCUAGCUGAAUGAGUUUGGGAAUGUUAGUAUAUUUCAGUUUCCUCAGUCACUGCAUUUAGAACGGACAGGAUGACAUAUGUGGCAUUAGUGGUGCACAUAUUAAUCUAAAGGGGCUUGCAUUGUAAUUCAGUCAUGAAUACUUGUAAAACAGUGACAUUUUGUCAGAGUGAAUAAUAACAGAAAAUUAGAACUCUGAAUAAGGGGGAAAGCAUAGAGAAACUCUGUGGCUUGCCCUUUGGUAAUUCCCCGCACAUUUCUCAAAAAAGGGUUUUGAUGAAUUGUGUCAUUACAAAGGGAAUCUAUACUAUAUCAGACUGAUCCCAUCCAAAAGAGCAGUUCAGAACUGAAAUGCCAGCAAGUUCUCUCACGAGAGGUACUGUCAUGUUUCUGAGCAAGUCAGAGAGGAGACAUGCCGGGGUUGACUUGAGGUUCUUUAAUUUGAAUCUUUGACAUGUUUAGACAAGGAAACAAUACGAGUAAUAGGAUAAAGAGGGGAAAGGGACACUAAAAACAGAGGGAGAAAGCAGAACCUAUAAAUGGGAUCACGUGUAAGUAUAAUGGUAAGAGAAAAAUGUGGAAGUGAAAUAAUAGGUUAGGAGGAAGAAGGAGAACCUACAAACAGGAUUAUAGGUUGAAAAAAGGAGUGGUUAUAGAAAUAACGAGUAAGGCAAUAUGCCCCAGGAUAAAUAAGGAGUUAGGCAAUAUGCCCCAAGCAGCUUAUCAGGUAACAGGCGUAACAAGAUAGGAAAAACCUAUAAGAGAAAUAAUAGGUAAGAGGCAAACAAUAUAUAAUAGAAUAGAGAUAAACAGAAUAUGAAAGUAUAAUGGAAUCAGGUUAAAUAACAUUUAGUAAAUCAGAGUCCUUUGGUUGAAGGCAGUAAUGCGGUUAGAGGUAAUUGCAGUAAGGUUACUCAGGAUUGAAGCAAUCAAGUAUUGAUAGUCAGUAUUAUCCAGGUAAGUUGUGAUGGAUAGAACAAAAGUAAUAAGGUAAAUUGGUAUUAAAAGUCCAGUAAGAAUUAAAGCAGGGUGAUAUAGGUGAUCAGGUUUUGUUUUACCAAGCUUCUUUGAGAAGAGCAGACUGGAAACAAGCAGGUUUGAAGAGUAGAUCAAGAUGGUUCAAAGUAAAUUUGAUUUAAACAGGUUUCUCUGUAAGAGCCAGGAGCAGAAGACUUGUCAGGUUCAGAACAAUAACUUCUCUCUUUGUGAAGGCCACUUGGUUAGCAGAUUAUUUCAUUGCAUAUCAAGUUAAGUUUUUCUAACAAAGUAAUAAAGGUUAAUUUCAACUGCUAGAGAAAUCUCCAUUGUGGAUAAAGCCUACUCAAUGUCCUCAAUGUAGAGGACAGGUCCUAUGAUUCAUUCCAAUUAACAUAAUUAAUAAUACCAUCAAAGUAUUUAUACCAUACCUCCUCAACAUUUAAAAAAAUAAUACAAGCAGGGUCCUCCCUCUUGUUUCCUGUUAAGGUUUGUUUGUUGUUACAACCCUAAAUUAAAAGUGUAUGUUAGUGCUAUGUGAUAAUUUAACCAGCUAAGGUGCAUUCGAUUUGUCAGAAGCAAAAACAAAUACAAGAUUAGAGAACUCCAGGAAUGAAAAAAAAAACAUAGCUUAGCUUUUAGAUAGCCCCUGCUCAGGUCUCAAAAACAUUUUUGCUCCCAUGUAUCAUUAAAGAUAGAAUGUUAAACUGCCACAUAUCAGACUGAUUUCACCCAUUAAGGAAGUCCAGAUGAAACUGGUAUCAGGCCCUCUGUGUACAAAAGAUACAGCAACCCCAGAUGAUCAUUCUGACCUUCCUUUGGUCUCAUCAAUGAGGUGUAGCUAUACUCCUUUAGGCACAGUGUGCAUGAGGUUCACUUCUGGAUCACUCUUUUAACUUAAAGAGACCCUACGCAAUUGCACAGAAUAAAAAACAAACAUGCCUUCAUAAAUAUUGCAAAAUCUUACUGUAUUCAAGCCUGAAGAUGUAGAUCUGCGUGCUGUUAGACUCAGAAAAACAAGCAGUCUGCUGACAUAAUCAGAAGUGGUAGCCUGAUUCAAUCACAGUGCUUCCCCAUAGAAUUGGCUGAGACUGACAAAGAGGCAGAUCGGGGGAGAGCCAGCAAGAUUCAAACACAGCCCUGGCCAAUCAGCAUCUCCUCAUAGAGAUGAAUUGAAUCAAUGAAUCUCUAUGAGGAAAGUUCAGUGUCUGCAUGCAGAGGGUGGAGACACUGAAUGUUUGGAUGCAUUUUAGGCAGCCAUGGUCCAGGAAGAAUCUCAUAUAGCCAUCUGAGGAGUGGCCAGUGAAGUCUGAAAAGACAGCAAAAAACAUGACGGUAAUGAUUCUACUCACCAGAACAAAUCCAAUAAGCUGUAGUUAUUCUGGUGACUAUAGUGUCCCUUUUAAUUGUAUAAGGUGACAUUACACUUUAAGUUGUUUUAGGCUGCACUGGAUCAUUAUUAAACGAGCGCCACAUUUUCCUUUAAAAGGUUUGUAUUGUUGGGCAGGCCCGGGGAUUAAAGGCAUUGAACUAGCACACCAACCCUUUAAGGUAUCCACAUACGUGGACAAUGUCUGACUUACCCUAACUGACCCACUGCAGAGCUUACCAUGCCUCAUGACCCUUCUGCAAAAGUACGGGGAAAUCUCCGGCUACAAAAUCAACCACACCAAAACAAUAGCGAAGCUCUUUCACCUCCCGACGCCGGACACAGUGACCAUUAACCAAACGUACCACUUUAGGAUUGAGACAAAAUAAUUCAAGUACUUAGGGGUCACUCUAAUGGAAAACCCGGCCUCCCUCUAUGUGCAUAACUACACCUAGGUAGGCAGGCUACACUUUCCGUAAAAAUGAACGUCUUACCAAGGCUACUGUUCCUAUUCCAGUCCCUACCCAUACGAGUUACCAAAGGGAAUUUAACACCAAUGCAAAAAGCAACUGAUUCCCGCAUAUGGCAAAACAAUCGACCGAGAGUAGCCAGGGGAAUAACGUACCGACCCAAAGACAGGGGGGACUGCGUCUGCCCAUCUAUAUCAAUACUACUCAGCUAGCCCAGAUUAUCCACUGCCACUGCCCCCAGAUCGCAGAAGAUGGGUAGACAUAGAGUCCCUGCUGACAGGGGCGGAUUUGCCACAAUUCUAUAUGUGGGCCCCUAAGACACACAGGCCUAUGCUACGGAUGACCUGCCCAGCAGUCCUUAACUCCUUACACCUGUGGGACCAAACAAAACACAAAUACGCACUGAGUAGCGACCCUUCGCCUCUGACGCCGGUCCUCCGAAAUAGAGAGCCAGAGAUUUUAAGGGACUAGAGGCCAUGGGGUUACAAAGAUACAUGCAUUUAUACGUCAACAACGCAAUUGUGACAUUGUGACAUACGACCAUCUAAUUACUAAAGCCCCACUCCAGACAAUGAAUUACUAUAGAUACUUACAGAUUAGAGACUUUGCACGCUCUGAAAAAGGUCCCCACUGCAGCCCAAAAAAAGCUCACUUUUUCGGAACAGUUGUUCUAAGGAGAAACUACCUAGACCAAGCUAAUCACUCUACUAUACGGGCACAUUAGCUAUGAGGCAGGAGAGUGGGGGGCACUUCGGUACACCGACCUGUGGGAGGCAGAUCUGGGAGAGAUCCUGGAGGGAACAGAGUGGCAGGACAUAUGGUAGGCGUGCACCAGGGUAUCAGUGUGUGUCACGCCCAAAGAGCAAAACUAUAAAAUGCUUCUCAGAUGGUACACAACACCAGUUAAGCAGUGUCACAUGAACCUAAGCUCCACAGAUACGUGCUGGCGCAUGUGUGGGGAAAAGGGUAGCUAUGUCCACAUGUGGUGGCAGUGACCAAUAGUGCAGGGAUUCUGGGGAAAGGUAGUGGACCUCAGUUCUCAGGUCCUCCAGCGGAGACUGGAGCUAGACCCAUGGGGAUGCCUAUUGUCCCAACCCACAGAAGACCUUACCAAACAUGAGCAAAAGUUAUUGAAUAUGCUAUACUUAGCGGCAUGACGGGCUCUAACACAACAAUGGGCUAACCCAGAACCACCACACAUAUCUAAAGUGUUAUUAAAAAAGAGACAACUACCUAAUGGAUAAGCUCACGGCAAGGGUUCGCAACACUAGCGCUACCUUUAAUAAAGUAUGGGCACUGUGGGAACAGUACGACAAGUGACCCUCUUACAACAGGGCUAUCACAAGACGCUACAUGCCCCCAGGAGCCCGUACGAGUCCGGUCUCCUGGGCGCACUCCGUGGCAUGUCACCUCCGAAUCCAUAGAGCCAGGGAGGGAAGUUUUAUUGGUAAGUUAUAUUAUUUUCAUUAUGUUAUUAUUUUUCUGUAUGCCUUUCUUUUUUGAAAAACGCCGGCAGAUUGUAAACAUGCAUAAGAAUAUUUGCUGUACUGUGCGCAUUUAACCCAUCUUCCUAUACUUCAAAGACACACUGUAGAUCACAAUUUAUAUGGAACUGGGCUUCUGCGUAAGCCACUUUAUGAUGUGCAAUUAUCGCUCUCUGUCGGAGCAAAAAUAAAGAAUUUAAAAAUAAAAAAAAAGUUUCGUAUUGUUACUAGUAUUACCUUGCUGAGAAUCAAACCAAGGACUCUGAUACAAUGCAGGUGCGACUCUCCAGUUUUAGAGGCUGCUUCCAUACUUAAUGGGUUUAUGACUUGGUUUAAAGUUACCCUAGGUAAAUACAACAUUGUAAGUUGUAAAAAUAUUAAACAAACGGUUUGCUGUAGUCGAACAGAAUAGCUAUUGACGAUGGAGAACAAAAACUAAGAAAAGUAUUUGUAGAGCUUAGUCAUUGUCGUUUCACUAAGUAUCUGUAAGUAUCGCAAAACAUCUACAGCUUUGCUAAUAUAUAUCUAUUAAUAUGUUUCUUUCAUGUAGGGCUCGAGUGGUGAUAUUGGCCCUCCUGGACAUGUAGGAAUCAAGGUAAAACUAAUUUGACAUUUCAUGUGGGUUUUUGAUAAUGGUAGUGAUUCUAUAUCAUCUUUUCUGCUAAACAUUAGACUUGGAAAUUUGUUGUGUUUUGAACUGCAAUUUGUCCAAAUUUGGGCCAAUUGGUGAUCAUACAAAUUCCCGAACUCCUAGCAGAAACGUACCAAAAUUACAAACCAAACAAAUUGCAUAAUGGCCGAGGAUGUUCAGUUUGAUUCAUGAUUCAAAAUCUGCUGUGGCGUGAAAAAAAAAGAGACGUUUGAUGGGAAAAAUGAUGAUUGAUGGCUAGGGGACCACCACUUUAUGUUGAUUUAUUUAUUGUCAAGCGACAAUAAAGAGAAAAACGUAGGAAUAGUAAAAGUAAAAACUGUAACAGUAUAGAUUUUUUUUUAUUUUCUUUGUUCCCUCUAUUGGUUACUUUUUCUCACUUGAUCUGUGAACCAAAUGGUGGGAAAAUGUAUAAUUGUACUCCAAUAUAUAUAUUUAAUAUUAUAUCUAUAUUUUACAGCACACAAAUUGGUCCAAUUCUGCGCCCUUUUGGUUCAUCUGAUUUGUUUUCCCCAUAUUUUUUUUUGUUAAAGAAAUUUCUAUGAGUUGAUUCACCAUAUGGACAAAAUUCACCAGUCCUGAAUUAGUUUUUAUAUUACACAAAUCUACUAAAUAAAAGGCUUCUGUAAAAUGUUAUAACACUGAGGAUAUCAUCCUUUAAAUGGCCAAACCCUGCACAGAUAUAUUUAUUUUUAACAUCUUGAUUAUGUUAGGUGUAUAUACUUUAUACUGUAGCAUGCAUGACUUUCAAAAGUAUCCCAAAGAAAUUAAAGUGUUUGUGAUAUUCAUUAUGAUGAUAAUGCUAGGAAUUGACUCUUGUUAUAAUGUUUUGAUCUAAUACAGGGAACUAUACUAUUUAUAAGGUUCUCUUAGACCUUUUUAAUCAUUGUCUCAGUUCAGAAAUAUACCCUUUAAGAAUUUACAAAUUCUUAUUGGUGGAAUUUAAUAACACUAAACUUCAUUGUUUUUUUAUAUUCUGGAAUAAGGUAGUCUGUGUUAUGAGUAACUGAUACAUUAAUUAAUUUAACAUUUAGUAGCCAGAGCAACUGGGAAAAAGUUUAAAUAAAAUGGCAAAGUUACCAUAUUUGCACAUCUUUUUUUUUUUUUUUUCCUGUGAAUUUUGGUGAGUCUGAAUAUGAUAUUAUUUACUCACACCUAUUAAAAUAGAAACACCUUAUACUGUGAUGCUGCAGGUUGCUAGCAAUUAAUAUAAUUAUGCACAGUGUACGCAAGUCAUACUGAGUGAAGGAAUCGCGAGACGCAGUUUUGAAUCCAUUUCUAUACGGUGCAUGCCUUCCAACUGUCCACUUUUGGUAGGACAGUCACAACCUAAGGAUUCUGUCUAGGCAUCCUAAUUUUGCUUCUUGUUUCCUGCACCUGGGGACACUAGAGAACAAUCCCAGUGGCAUAGCGUGAGCGCGUCAUUAGACAUGUUAAAGAAAGUUGUAGAAAAUGUACCUGUAAUCCAUUGCAUUUUAUAUAUUCUUCACUGCACGGUGAGAUCAUUGAUCCUAAAAUCUUUGAUCAAAUCCAAUGCUUCUUAUUGAGAAGCAUUGUGAACCUACAGCUCAUCAGAGUGAUGUGCCAAUUCAAUAUUUCUCAUUUAGGAGCAUUAAUUCCAAUACUUCUAUAUAAGAAGCAUUAGUCACGUGCGUUAUCAUGCUGUGCAUGUUGAUCAGGGCCACUAUCAAGGUAUGAAUACCUGCAAUUUGUACAGGGGCCUGUACCAGUUUGAAGUCUUUUCACACUAUGCAGUCCAGUUGAGGAGACAACUGUGUCUGGGACUUCUUAAGGGACUUCAAGACUAGGGGAGAGUCUGAUGGUUGUAGGCAGGCUGUUCCAAAGGAAAGGAACCAUAUGCAAGAAGUCUUGUAAGUGUGGAUUAGCAGUAAGGCUGUGAGCAGCUGACAGGAGAAGGUCACCGCACAAUAGAGAGACCUGGAAUGGGCAUACCAACUAAUUAGUGAAGAAAUAUAACAGGGGCUAGAGUUGUUUAUAACUUUAUAGGUAAGGAUUAGUAUUUUGAAUUGACACCUAUAGGAUACAGGAAGCCAAUGUAAAGAUUGACAUGGGGGCAAGGUGUGAGAGGAGCGACAGGAGAGAAAGAUCAGUCUGGUGGCAGCAUUUAUUACAGACUGUAGCAAUACAGUACGGUUUCUGGGGAGACUAACUAGGAGAUAAUUACAGUAACCAAUGUGAGAAAUUACCAGAGCUCCUUGGCAGCAUCUUGCGUAUGCAGGGGAGGACGCAGGAAAUGUUUUUAAGGUUGAGCAACAGACUGGAAUUGAGGUGCAAAGCUGAGGCCAUAUUUAAAGAUAAUACCAAGACAGCAAGCUUGCAAUGAUGGGCUGAUGGAGGUAUCAUUAACUUGCAGGGAGAGCUAAAGAGGAGGAAAAAUAUGAAGCUCAAUUUUAGAGAGAUUGAGUUUCGGAAAGCGGGAGGACAUCCGAUCAGAGACAGAAGAGAGUCAGCUAGUGACACAAUGUAGGACAGCGGGGGUGAGAUCAGGGGAGGAGAGAUAUAUCUGGGUGUCAUCGGCAUACCGUUGGUAGCAGAAUCCAAGUGAAUUAAUACUUUUGCAAAGAGAGGCAGUAUAAAGAUAAAACAAAAGGGCACCGAGAACAACCUUAAAGGACUCCAAACGAGACAGGAUGACGGGAGGAGGUGUCAUUAGAAAAGGAGACACUCGUUACUUCACGGUUUGUACACGUUUUAUUUACUAUAAAAGACCAAGCGAUAAGUAAAGAUGUGAAUCACUAACUGGGAAAAAUCAGGCAAAACAUACUCCACGAUUGCAUAUUGUAUAAUGUAUACAAAUUUAAUUGUGCAUUCAUGAUGAUGAUGAUGUAAAAAGUUAGAAAGCACAGAGUAGAUGCCUAUAUCUACAUGUCUUUAUGUAACUGUAUAUGCUAUGUACUGAAUGUCCUGUCUUGGAAUAAAUAAAGAAUUUAAAAAAAAAAGAAAAGAAAAGGAGACACUAAAUGAACUUUGGGGGAGAUAGAAGGAGAUCUAUGAGAGGACAGUAUCACAGAGACCGAGGUAUUGAAGAGUUUGGAGAAAGAGCACGAUCAACAGUGUUAAAGACAGCAGAGAGGGCAAGAACAAAUUAUAAGUAGUAGUGGCCUUUGGAUCUAGCCACAAUUGUAAUUUUAAUCAGAGUGGUCUUAGUAGAGUGGAGGGGGUGGAAGCCAGAUUGAAGAGGGUCAAUGAGAGAAUUGGAAUUAAGAAAGCAAACCAAAGGGGUAAACACAAGUCUUUCUAGAAGCUUUGAGGAAAAAGGAAGCAGGGAUAUGUGAGGAUAGUUGGAAGAGAAAGACAAGUACAACAGUAGCAUAUUUAAGGGGAGCAGGCACAAUGCCAGAGGUAUGAGAGCAAUUGAAGAUAUGCACUAAGGAUAGCACAAAACCAGGGGAGAGAGAUCUGAUAAGGUGAGAUAAGACAGGAUCAAACAGACAAGUGGUGGGAUAAGAGGAAAGGAGAAGCAAAGCCACUUUCUGUGCAUUAACUGUGGAGAAGUCCGGAAGGGUAGGUAAGGUGUGGUCCAAGUGUGAUCGAGAGAGAAUGGAGUGAAGGAGGGAUAAUUAUUUCCUUAACUGUUUAAUAUUGUCAGUAAGGUAGCAUGCAAAGCUAUCGGCUAAAAAUAUUAGUUUGUGAGGUCUCUUACAUAAUAUCUAUUUCUUUUUUUAUUAUACAGGGUUACAGAGGCCCUGCUGGCACAAAGGUAUGUAUUACGGAAAUAUUAUAAUAUAAUAAUAAUAAAAAUAACCAGAAUAUACAUACAUAAUAAGACAGUGCAACUUAGAACAUAUAAAACAUUUAUGCUGUAUUAGGGACACAUGGUAAUUGGUAAGUGCAUGCAUGCAACACAUGUUUUUAGACAAAUGAAAGGAUACUCACAUGUUCCCUGUAUAUGACCUCUAUAGUUCUCCUAAAAAUGAAUGGUCUACUGCUUAUCACAAUUUAGUCUACAAAUGGUAGAAACAAACUGGAGAGGGAAAUUUUAAAAAUCCAUCAAAAUUACUUAUAUAUAACAUUCAACUUUUUAAGCACUUUGUUUUAAAAAAUAAGUGAAGCAUUAAUUUGAAACAUAGCUACAUAGUUACCUCUUAUUGUAUACACUAGGUCAGGGAUAGGCAACCUUCGGCACUCCAGAUGUUGUGGAGUACAUCCCCCAUAAUGCUUUUACACCCAUAAGGCUGGCAAAGCAUCAUGGGAGGUGUACUCCAAAACAUCUGGAGUUCCGAAGGUUGCCUGUGCCUGCACUAGGUGUUAUUGCACCAUAUUGCCCACUUCUAUCUGUAAAAGGGAUCCAAUCUAAUAUCCUUAUCUGGGUUACGGCUGGUUUUCUAUCUAAUAAAAUAGACCAAAACAGUGUUGUUCGGAUGCUGAUACGAUCUUCUCGUAAUUCCUCCCUUCAGUCCCUCUCACCCCCUGACAUACAAACCUGCUUUAAUAAACUAACAAAAACAUUUAAGAAGCAAAUUAAAACAAGCUGGGAACUUUUCACUUUGGACACAUAGCUCAAUAAACAUCAUUUCAAGAGGUCUAAGGGUAUUAGUCCCCCCCCUCUAGGAAUAUUGAGAUUGAAGGGUUUAGGAAAGAAUGGGAGGAAGCAGCAGCUAAAUGUUCCUCAACCUUAAUGACUAUAAUCUGUAAGUACAAAACACAACAACUCGCAGAUAUCCAAAGAGAACUAGACACUGAAAUUGAGACAAUUCAAACAUUUAAAGAGGAUCCUCAAUUUUAGAGUCUCAAAUUCUAGAAUAAUCUGGAUAGGUUCUCUCACCAAAUAAAGGUUAAGAAGCACAAUACAUUUAUAAGAGACACAACUGACUUUGAAACCGCUCAAGUCUAUCGUUAAACCAAAAGAAAAGUUAGGAUAGACUCUGAUCAUUUCAGUACUUCCGAGUAUGAGUCUACUGAUAAUGAAGGUGAGACCUCUAACACUGUAAAUAACUCGCACAACCCCUAAGAGUAUUCUAUGUAAGGGGGUAGAUUUUUUAAGGUUUAGACAGGCUGAAGAACUCCAGUGCCCGAGGACAAGACAGUCCCAGAGAAGCAGGGGUCAACGGAGGUACUGUCGCUAAAGAAUAGUGACCUAAAAGUAAUUAAUCUGUUUUCAGUGAACCUUUCAGACAUUCAGACUCUUACCAAAGGCCUUUCUUUCAUCUCAAGACUCCCAUUUAAUAAAUUAACCUGGACCAAAGACCUACAUCUGUUCGCCCGUAAGUUAGCCCUUCACAAAUAUCACACUCAUAAAAGGAACAGAAGGCCCAAAGCAUGGGUCUAACAAUAAAAUCUAGGUCUAGACUACCUUGAUACUUUGGUUGACCUCCUUGAUUUUAGUGAUGGGACUAGACCAAGCAAUAUUCCCAAUACUAAUCUUGCCCCAAAAAGCAAAUUCACACCACCCUUUCAAAACUACAAAAAUAUUGAAAUCUUCUUAGAAAUGGUGUGCAGAGACAUUGAAAAAACUGAGUUAAACAUUUUGGAUUUUAAACCCAGUUACAAUCUCUCUAGAGCAAAAACAGUGGCACUAAAUUCUAAAACCAUCCGAUGAGGGCAGCAAUAGCGUGCUUAUGAAUCACUCGAAAUAUGUACAGAUGGUAUAUAGAUUAUUAAAUGACAGGGACACGUACCAAAUCCUGAUUCAGGAUCACACCCCCCAGUAUUUCAAUGAGAUCAAAUCUAUUCUAAUGGAAGCCAUGGAAAAUAAGUUCAUCACUAAGAAUGAAUUUGACUUCAUGUUGAUAAAACAGCCUGUAAUUUACACAUCCUAUAGUCUUCUAAAAGUACACAAAUCAUUGGUUGAUCUAUCUGGAAUGCCUGUAGUGUCAGGGUGUGGUAAUCUUAGACAAAACAUGAGUAUCUUUUUGGAUAAAAUAAUGUCCCCCAUUGUCUAUAAACUACCCUCAUAUGUUAGGGACACAAAACAAAUGAUGAACUUCCUGAAGGAUGCCCAAGUGCUGGAACAGGCCUCACUAUGUAGUCUUGACGUUGAGUCACUGUUUAAUUCUAUACCCCAUACAUUAGGGAUAUACAACAUUAGAACUACUCUAGCAAAAGAACUCAACACUCCAGCACCCUAUCUUGGAGCUCCUUAGACUAGUCCUCACAAAGAAUAUCUUCAACGGCACUAUAUAUCAUCAAAUUAGAGGGACUGCCAUGGGGACAUCUUGUGCUCCUUCCUAUGCAAACCUAUAUUUAGGUGCAUGGGAGGAGCACAUCAUGGCAGAUCCCAAAUUAAAAACUUUUUUUGAAUUGAUUUAUUGCUGGAAAAGAUAUAUAGAUGAUGUCUUUGUUCUUUGGCUUGGAUCUAGUACAGUCUUAUAGGAUCUAAUUAAAACUCUCAAUGUGAAUGACUAUAAUUUGAAAUUCACAAGUGAGUUUGGUGAUAAACAGCUGAAUUUUCUGGAUCUGACAAUCUCCAUACAACGUGGGGCAAGAUCACAACCACGUUGUAUCGAAAGAAGACCACCACUAAUGGUCUACUAAAUUGGUCUAGUUAUCACCCCCAGCCAUUAAAAGCAGGCAUACCUGUAGGCCAAUACUUGAGGCUAUGCAGGAAUUUCUCCACCCUGGAAGACUUUAAAAUCAAAGCCUGGAACCUUUGGACAUCCUUUAAAGAGAAGUGGUACCCGAAUAGAGUCCUGAGGAGAGCCUACUUUAGAGCAAUCAGCAGCGACAGAGAUUCCCUACUUACAGACAAUAAUCAAACCCCUGACUCCAAUCUAAUCUGCUGUAUAACCACAUAUGAUGCUGGUUGGCAACAUAUGAUGAAUAUCUUCAGACGCCAUUGGCCAAUCUUGACAUCUGAUCCUCACAUCAAAGUGAUUACUCCAUUUCCCUCUGUGACUGCACGCAGGGGAAAAAAUCUAAGAGAUACGUUAGUACAGAGCCAUCUUGCCCCUCUGAGCAUAUCUCACAAACAAUAUCUACCCAAGGGCACUUACAAAUGUGGUCAAUGUGGUGCCUGCACAUAUAUUAAGAGGGACUCCAAACUCUUCUCAGAUAGCAACAAUGUGGAAACCUUUUCAGUACGUUCCUUUUUCAACUGCAGAACUGAGGGGAUUAUUUACUCAUUUAUUCAUGCAGUAAAAAAUACAUUGGGAAAACCUUUCGUCAGUUCCAACUUAGAAUCAGGGAAUAAUAUGUCAACUCUGUAAGAAAACCCCUCGGAACUCCUAUGUCACGUCAUCUGAAGAUAUAUCACGCUAACUCCCCAAGUAGAAUUAGAUUCAUGGGUAUCAAAUUCAUCUCACAAACCCAACAAAGGAGUGACUGGUAUCAAAAGCUGAGACAGACAGAAUCCUACUGGAUUUAUAAAUUAAAAAAUCUUUUCUCCAUAAGGUUUAAAUGGAGGAUUCUCCUUUUUAGCUUUUUUAUAGCUUCCAUGUACAGAUUUUGGAGAGAUUAUACCCUAUGUUCACGUAAUAGCUUUAUAGGACAUUCUGAAUCAUUGCGGUAUAUGUAAAUAGUUGUAUAUAUUAAGUUCACUUGUAUUGGUUUAUUUUCUAAUAGGCUAACUUACCUCGGGAAACUCCUUAUCUCUUAGGCUUUUCUAGACCAAGAGAUACCCAAGCGGUACAGCUGUUAUAUCUAGGGAUUCCUAUAUGAGUUUAUUAUAUACAUAACAUGCCCACUGUCACCUUCGUGUAUGUAUAUCAGACGUGGGGACUUUCACUAGAGUCUAGUGACAUAGACUUAAUGAAGCACAAUGAAGAGUCAUUCACAAAAUAUUGGUGUUGGUAUUACAUCUGAGGACCCUGAGCAAUCUACUAAAUAGACUCACAUGCCUACUUUCACCUUUGUAUUUAUUAACUGUGAUGUUAUCAAGAGCUUAUUAAGAUAGACAUAAUAAAGUACCAAGAGCCACUCACACAAUAAAUUGUAUUGUUAUAAUCUGGGGAUUCCCAUAAGUGAUUAUCAGCAUAGACCUAAUGAAACACAACGGAGAGCCUUUCCUCACUAUCAUCUUUAAUAUGCCCAUCAUUAUAUCUAUCAGAUGCGUUGAUAUUAAGCCGCUUAAAUUCUCAAGUCUUAUCCAUAGAUGGACUUCACUAAUAAUGUGUAUUUGUGGCACACUGGAGAUAUGCGGUAUAUAUCCCCAUUCCCAGUUGAUGCUCACAUAUUAAUGUCCUGAGGUAUAGCUAAUUCCACCAUCAUGGACCAUAAUAAACCGUCCGUCACCAUUUUUAAAUAUAAUUAUAUCGAUAUCUGGCAAGGCACUUUUCAUUGCCUCUCAAACUACACACGGAGGCGAAACUAGAGUGGGAGUGACUACUCUAACCCCACGAACAUCUGUUCAUUUCGGGGGAAUGUCUGUCCGACACACCCACGUACACACUAAUUGAUCCCUUGUCCUCACAUAUGAUAAUAUGAGUGACAGUGGGCGUGUUUGUUUUCACUCAACGGAACUCACUGCACAAUCCUUGAGUACCAGACGAGGCCUCUGGUUUUCGUCACGCCCAUGUGGAGGUGGAAUACUACUGCCCCAUGUGAGUGUAUGACGUUACUGCCUCAUUGUCAAACCGAGACCUUGCCACUGACACUCUAUUUUGGCAGUGUGAUGAACCACUGAGAUACUUAGCCGGGUAGCCCACAUGACAAAGAAGUGCAAAUGACACCCUUUCUGGCUACAUUGUAAUUUUACAAAUACUGCAGGUUGAAUAUUAACCCUAAAAGAUAGAAUUAGGUACAAUAUUAGAAAUUCUAAUUUAGCAGAUAAUCCACUUUUUUAUUUUUUAUUUUGAUAAUAAGACCAAAUCUAUGUAUAAUUAUGCAUCUCAUAAAUUAGAGAGCUGACUCUUAUACAGUUGAGAUAUAUAGAUGAUUCACUAUAUCACCAGAAAUUUUCAUUUAGGUGAUAAUUAAUUUUCCAUCUGAUAGAAAACUUUGUAUUUUAUAGCUGAUAUAUGAUCAUUAUAGCAAACAAUUGUACACUGCAGGUUGAAUACUGACCCCAAAGAUGCAAUGGGGUAUAAUAUUAGAAAUUUUGAUUUAGUGGAUUAUAUACCCCCACCCCCCUUUUUUUAAAUUCAUUUUUUUAAUUUGGAUAAAUCUAAUCUAUGUAUAAUCAUGCACCUUAAAGGACCACUCUAGGCACCCAGACCACUUCAGCUUAAUGAAGUGGUCUGGGUGCCAGGUCCUUCUAGGGUUAACCCAUUUUUUCAUAAUUAUAGCAGUUUCAGAGAAACUGCUAUAAUUAUGAAUGGGUUAAGCCUUCCCCCUAAUCCUCUAGUGGCUGUCUCAUUGACGGCCACUAGAGGCGCUUGCGUGCUUCUCACUGUGAAAAUCACAGUGAGAGCACGCAAGCGUCCAUAGGAAAGCAUUGUAAAUGCUUUCCUAUGAGACCGGCUGAAUGCGCGCGCAGCUCUUGCCGCGCGUGCGCAUUCAGCCGGCGGGGCGUAACGGAGGAGGAGAGGAGGCAGAGAGCUCUCCGCCCAGCGCUGGAAAAAGGUAAGUUUUUACCCUUUUCCCCCUUCCAGAGCCGGGCGGGAGGGGGACCCUGAGGGUGGGGGCACCCUCAGGGCACUAUAGUGCCAGGAAAACGAGUAUGUUUUCCUGGCACUAUAGUGGUCCUUUAAAAACUAGAUAGCAGAUUUAUGUAACUGAGAUAUCUACAUGGUUUAUUGUACCAUCAGUAAGUAAAGUUGAUUUAGGUGAUAAUCCAUCUUUUCAAUCUAAUAGAAAUCUAAGCAUCGCUCUCCUUGUGAUGAUAUCCAAUCAUAACAGGGGGGCGGUUAUUAACAUACGGCUGAAUCCCUUCCCCUCUAUCUUGAUUGUCAAUACAAUUCACCAAUAAAUAGAGAUUGGAAGGGAAAAUACACACACACCCCUAUCAGCUGCAGUCUGUUUCACAAUAAUUGACAAGGGUAUAUAUACAAGUAAGUUAGGCAGAUCAGAGGCACUGCUCCUGACGACGAUGUGCUGACAUGCUGAAAUGCGCGUCGAGCUCUCUCUUUCUUUGUUUUCACUUCACAUGGUAGCACUUUAAUUUAGUAUGCACUAGUUUAUUUUUAUUUAGUUUUAGGCAGGGAGACUGGUUCAGGUAGGCAUUGGUGGUUAGUCCAUGGUGCUGAGGUAACACAGGGAUAGAUUCUUCUCAGUAGCCAGUUUUGGUUUAUGGUUAUUAAGGCUCAGUUCCUCCAUCUUCCUCUCUGUGAUUUUUACCUUUAGCUAUACCUGCCGCGAGUAUACACGCUGGGAGUGUGUGGAGCUAGGGGUUCCGACAUUAUUUGGAUUUUUAGACACAUUGUGUGUUUGUCUAGUUGGACCUCAGCUCGUUUGUACAUAUACCUUACCAGCUGUAUAAGUGUAAUUCUCCCUCUACACUAAUUUUUUACCUGCUAGUCUUUCAUCCUUAGAAAUAUUAAAGGUAGGGCAUCCUCUCCUUUUCAUUGUUACUCUCUCCUUAGGCCUUCACUGGUCCAAUAUUUUUUUUCCCCUUCCAUAGCUAGCAUGUAAAUGUGUAGUGAAAUAAGAUAGCGCUUUUGUAUGAGGAUCACUGAUCAGAGAAAUAUAACAAUGUAAAUGAUUUUAAUGUACACAAUUUUAAUUGUUGACUUAUCUGUUCAUGCUUUACAUAAAAUUCAGAGAGAUAAAAAUUUUAAAGAUUAUUAUAUUGCUGAAUAAUCUUUCCAAAUGAUUUCAUAUUUAUGAAUAAACUUUUUAAAUGAUUUAGUAUUAUUAAAAAUAUUUUUUUAUAUAUUGAUAUAUUUGUUUAUACAUGAUCUAUUUUUUGUUUUAAUAUCCUGAAAAAAAAAACAUUUUAAAAGUGUAUCCAUAAAAUCAUUUGGAAAGCUUAUGCAAAAAUAUUAAAUCAAGGAGCAUGUCUGAAAUAUUAGCACAUAAGCGUACAUUUAAUUUUUGUCACAUACAUUAGGUGUGGCAGAAAUUGAUUUAAAAAAAUGAGUACCAUACCUAAGUUGCAGUUGCCUCUUGCUCUGCGCAUCCCUAAUUUCCUAAUUUAUUUCUUUAUUAAAACCUCUUGCCUUUAACAAAUUCACAAGAUGUACUUCCACUCCUUCUCCUGUUUUGGUUGAGGGUCAUGAGGAAUAUGUGGUUGUCUAUUCGUGACUCUCUUGUUUCUAGGGGUACUAAACAAUACCUGGUCCACUGGAAAGGUUAUGGUCCCGAGGAGAGAUCUUGGGUUGCGGUUAAUGACAUACAUGCUCCUCGAUUGCGCAGGGAUUUCCAUUUGCAUUUUCAGGAUCGCCCUGGUAGUUCCCACCCUGUGGGCAGUUCUAGAUUGGUGGUAAUGUAAGGGCUCCUAUACUCUACCAAUCAGCUGUUGCUUCUGAGUAUCCUGCGCGAUCUGACUGCUUCCUGGACGCUAGAUGCUGUGUGCAUGCCCCUAUUUAUGACGCACCGUACACGAGCCAGCAUCAUGACAUUAGUCACUAGAAACCAAUGCACUCUAACGUUUUGGGGGCGUGGUUACACAAGCCAGGCCAUCAAUCAUAUAAAAGCUCAUUAUGCACAGUACACAGUGCCCUGUUUUGGUUCCUAAGCUUUUAGUAUCCCAAGAGUGCGUUAUUAUACUGUGUUGUGUAAAUAUGGUAUUUGAACCGGCUUUUCUCUGACUAUUCUGUUCUCGUUCCCUUGACCUGGUUUUGGCUAUCGGUCUUGUGAUUUGGAUUCUAUUUCACAUUGGCGUGUUCUGUUGUUCCUUUAUUAGAUUUUAUUUGGUGUGAAGAGUUAGAUCAGGGGGACUGCCGCGAAGCAGUAAGCAUUGGGGGAGGGCUGUUUAGAAUAGCACUGGUUUGACUUUUAUAUUUACUCGUUCCAUUCAGUGUGGGUACAUCUCGCAUACUAGAGACUACUUAUUAUUUUUUCAUUACUGCAGUUAUGGCUUAUGACCACUCAUUUUUCUAAUAAACACCACAUACUGGUAGUGGGCUGAAUAGCAGAUUUGCACGGAAUUCACAUGCCAACAUUACAGACAAACACACCUUUGCAUUCAUACACUAACACUAAAUAAAGAACCUUGCAUUCAAACACCAACAAUUAACAGACCCUGAGUUAUCUAGUUACGCCCAUGCACCGCGUAAUACUUCUAAUAUUUUGGCCAUAAAAGGAAACAGUCUCUUUUGUUUCAGGCUCCUCACGUUCUCUCCCUAAGUGCUACCAUUUAGGUGGAAGCACGGUUUAGCUGUUUAGAUCACUCUGCUUUGCCCAACAACUUGUUAACAUCAUUGCUGUGACAUAAAGCAUCAUCACCAUGCAUGCCCAGACAUAGUGACUGAUGUCACUGCACUGCAUACAUGCUGCAGAGUGAUCAUUGGUCAGGUCAGCACUACUCCCAACUAAGGACCAAUUAAAAAUGGCAGCUCUCAUGGAGGGAAAACAUUGAGUCUGGACCUGGAGUGACAGUUUACUUUUAAAUAACUUGAUCUUGUGUCCAAUUUAAGAUCUUCAAAUAAUGUUCACAUACUGUAUAUUUAUUUUAUAAAAUUCUGAGCCUUCAUGCAAGUCAUUAAGGCUUAAUGGAACACUCAAUUUUUAGCAAACCAUCCCUUUGAAGUCUUUGUACACAAACCUCCGUAUAAUCUUUUAGGUCAUCUAAUCUACAUCAAUUUAUUAUUACUAAUAUGGUUAUUAUUUUACAUUCACUGAAGUCUAUUCCUAAUUUGGCAGUCACUUAUCAGCUAUACAUGUUUAUUUCAAAAGAAAGCAAAACUCAUCAUUAAGCUUUUUGUUUAUUUAGAUUUGCUUUGUAAUUUAUCCUAAGAUAAAAUGUACUCUUGUCAAACUUGGCAUGUCCUAAACUAUGUUCUCCCAUUUCUUUUUUAUGUCAAUCGAUUGGUCUUUUUAAUCUCUCAACUAAUUCAAAGAAAAACUUGCAAUCAUUUCUAUUAAAUGAUUUUAUUGGGAAAUUGUUGCAAGCAUAACAAGUUAUUCUUAAAAUAUAAUAUUUCCUAAUAGCUCUCUAGGUGUAGGAGGUUUCGAAAAAUAAUGGAAUCCUUUAUUCAGAAUUUACAAGAUUAAUGUGAAAUGAAUGUUACCAAAUAAUCUAUCCCGUGCUGUUACACUUUUAUAUGUAUCCCACAAAAACAAUCCACCUUAGGGGUGAUUUCAUGUUAAUCAGAUUCUAAUUCAGUAACUGAAAUUGGUGCUGAAAAGAGAAAAGCACUAUAAUAUUUUUUUGUAAUUUAAUUUAAUAAACAUAUCUUUGUACUCAUCGAGUUUAAUUUCCAAAACAAGCAAAUAUCAUGCAGUAACAUCUGUUUAUAAACUAGUUAAUUCAUCUUGUAGAAAGGACCACACCAUACAUGCCAAAGGUGACCAAAACAUAUUCUCAAUUUAUUGUCCCCUUGGUCAUUGCUAAUUUAGCCCAAAUUUGUAUUGCUAUGCUGCAUUUUAUUUUAUUUUAUUUUAUUUUAAUCAUAAAGUUUUUUUGUUUGUUUUUUUUUAAGAAUUGGAAAUAACUGAAUUCUGGAUAUAAUGUCUGUAUUACAUAGGAACCGACAUGCAGAACUUACCUACUUGCCUUAAAGAUGGAAAGUAAAAUGCAGCAUGGUUAUACUAUUACCAGUCCUAAGAAUGGCCAAGUUUAACGCAGUGUCUUGGCCUGGGAACAAGCCUAGAGUAGUCAAGAAUGAACUGGGUUCUAGGAUAAAGGAAGGGCUGCAAAAUAAGAUAAAAAUACAAGAUCUAAAUACCAAGAAAACACAAGAACUGUAUAAUGCACUCUCAGGUAUGCUGGAACCAUGAAAGGACAAUGCGUUGCAUUAACAAUCUGGUUAUAUGUACAGCGCUAAAUAAAUAAUAUAAUAUUAAUAAUAAUAUUUACAUGACUAAAAGCCUGUUCUCUGUUUAUCAUAAUUGUUACGCAUAAUAUUGCUUGGAUAAUACAUUAGGACAUCUCUUUCCAAUGAAACACAACCAGGGGGGCAUAAGAGGAUACUAAUGAAGGGGCAAUGACGCACAGCUUCGCAACAAGUAUGCAAUUCAGUGCCAGGUAGCACAACACAUGCAUACUGAAUUCCUUGCAUUAAUAUUUACUAAAGUAAGAUUAUAAGGUAAAUUCAAAUAUAAGGUCAAAAUAGCAGAACUGGAAAGUCAGCUAAGCUUUCCAUUCAGCUACUUUGGCCUUAAACUUGAAAUUCGCUCUGAAUUUACCUUGAAUUCACACUAUAGUGAAUAACCCUGUUAGUUUUUGUUAUUUAAAUAGACACUAUAGUGACGAGAACAACUACAGUUUAUUGUAUUUGUUCUGGUAAGUAGAACCAUUCCCUUAGGCAUUUUGCAGUAAACCCUGUCUUUUCAGAGAAAAUGCAGUGUUUACAUUACAGCCUAGAGAUACCUUCACUGGCCACUCCCCUGAUGGCUGCAAGAGGUGUUUCCUGGGACAGUGCUGCACAGUGUGACACUGAACUUUCCUUAUAGAGAUGCAUUUAUUCAAUGCAUCUCAAAGAGGAGAGGCUGAUUGGCCAGGGAAGUGUUUGGCUUGUGCUGGCUCUGCCUUUGAUCUGACUCUUGACAGCUCAGCCAAUCCAAUGCUUUUCUAUGGGAAAGCAUUGUGAUUGGCUGUGAUCACCAUUUCUGAUAAUGUCAGCCAAGAAGGCAUAUCAGGGACAGAGGCAGCAGCAUCAGACUGGAAUCAAGGUACAAUGUUACUAUUUUUAGGGGCGGGUGGGAGUGGGGCUGGGGAGCUGGAUGGUGGUUUGAACACUAUAUGGUCAGGAACACGUUUGUGUUCUUGAUCUUAUAAUGAUCAUUUAAGUCUGCAGUAAUGGGCCAUACAAAAUACAUACUGUUUGAUAUUAUGCUGGGUGUUCUGGAUGCCUGUUUGGACUAGGCUAGUGUUAUAUUUCCUCUAUCAUUAAUUCACACUAGACAGACAUUUCAAUGAAAACAUUUCAUGCUACUAAUGCAAGUUGUUCUUUUUGCCAAAACUCUCAAAUGGGAAUUUUUUAUUUUUUUUUCAGGUUUGCUUUUAAAAUAUAUUCCUUAUUUUGUAAUUCAGUAAAACGUAUUUUGAAUAUCCCACGCAUUAAGCAAGGAGAGGAAGUUCAAGGGUAACAAACAGCACAUGCUGUAUUGUGUUCAGUUAUACCAUAUCACAUAUCACAGAAUUCACUAUCCAUAUUGCUCCUAAUGCAACUACAAAAUACGAUUUUUCUAUUAAAUAACAAUUUUGUGUAUUUUACAGGGAUCAAAAGGACAAAAAGGACCCAAGGUUUGUUUUUUUUGUAUUUCUUUGUCUAGUUAAUAAUUUUUUUUAUGAUUUCUUAUGUAUGAUGUUAAAUUGUAUCUUUUUGUUCACAGGGCAUCAAUGGUAAAAAUGGUUUUGAUGGAAACGAGGGAACAAAGGUAAGAUAUGCAAUAGACCCAGGGUAGCAAGAUAGAGAGAUAACAGGUGGCAGACAUAGGAUGGGGAGGCUGGUUGGCAAAGGGAAACUAUAUGUCUGGUGCAAAGGGGGGAGGUAGGAUGGUAGAGGGUAUCUGGAUAGUGAGUCAGCACAGACAUAGCAGAGUGGUAGGAUGGUAGGAGAUUGUUAGAUAUCAUUACGGCUGAUUAGCACAGAAAAGCUUCGGGGAGAUUUAAAGAGACCCAUCAUCUUUUGUUUAAUGCAUUAAUAAAAUAAUACAUUCAAAAUUAAAAGCAAUAAAAACAAUAGUCAACACCAGUGAGCUAUCCCAUCCAAUCCUGUUCUCCAUUGCUUUUGGCACAUCUUAAAGGGAUACUAUAAGCACCAUAACCACUGAAGCAAGCUGCACUGGUUAUGGUCCCAGGAGUACUCUUGUGCUAUCCCCUGGAAAGAUGUCAAGCUGUUAAUCAAUUAUUGGAUACUUGGAGUAUAAGAUUGAGCCCCUUAACACCUUAAUUAAAAUUAAGUUGUUAUGGUGCCAGCAGGUCCCUUGUGCUGGUUCACCUUUAGGGGCUCUGUGCUCCAAUUGCACUGCCCCCAUGUUCUUCCACUAUAUGAAAUCUUAGAUAACUCUUAGACAGAAGGGUCAGUCAUGGGUGCCGCUGACUGGCUUAGUGUGAUUAGCUGACCCUGUAAGCCAGUCAGUAGCUCCCUUUCAUUAAACAAAAAAAAAAAAGGUAGGAACCAGCAGCAGGGACCUCCUGGCACCAUAACAAUUUCAUUUACUUUACCUUGUUAUAGUGCUUGGAGUGUUUCUUUAAUUGAUUUUGUAGGGUUCCUGUGGGUCAUGGUUUAGUACUAUACUAAGUUCAUAUAGCAGGUCUGCUGCUUUUGCAAGCUCUUUUUGUAUACACCCUCAAAGAAAACUUUCAGACAAAAAUAAAUGUAUGUUUUAUGUACUAAAUUAUUUUAAUUUAAAUGGCAUGUUCCUUUAAAAAAUCAUGACUUAAAGGAACACUAUAGGGUCAGGAACACAAACAUAUAUUCCUGACCCUCAAGUGUUACAGUUAGGUGGCUUGCCCCCCUCAAAACCCUUGAAAGGUAAUAAAACUCACCGUAUUGCCAGCACUGGCCCCACCCUUAAUCCGCCUCCUUGGCUGACAGAAUUGAUGAUUUCAGCCAAUCCAAUGCUUUCACAUAGGGGAAGCAUUGGAUUGGCUGAGCUUGGCAAGGAGGUAGGAUUGAAUGCAUCUCUAUGAGGACAUUUCAGCAUCUCCAUGCAGAGCAUGGAGAUACUGAAUGGCAGUGCUGCACACUGUGCAGCACUGCCCUAGGAAGCACCACCGGUGGCAAUAUAAGGGGUAACUACUAGAGGUGUCCCUAGUGGGCAAUGUAUUUCUCUGAAAAGGCGGUGUUUACAUGUCUGCAGGGACUGAUUGUACUCACCAGAACACUACAUUAAGCUGUAGUUGUUCUGGUGACCAUAGUGUCCCUUUAAACGGAGUCUUACUGAUUAGUAAUUUAAAUCAUGCUUUAAAUUGACUUAGCUUAAAUCAAAUCCACCCUGUCUAAUUGCCUAUUUUUAUUUGAUUCAAUUACUGGUAAAUACAUUUUAAAAAAAUAGGGUCUUCAAAUGUCUUUCCAAACCGCCAAUUGCAUACCUCUCAAGCCUCCCUAGUUAGAAGGAGUAGUCCUUAUAUGUGGUCUAUACCAUUCCCUCCAUCUUAUAUAUCCCAGUGUUCCUCUUUGUAGGAAAUCAUUUUUCUUGGCAUGUCUGAAUUUAUACCAGAGGCCCAGGGCAAUAAAAAGCGUAUUUAGAAAUCAGUCUUUGUAAAUAAUGUGCAUUGUUCUUGUUCUAAAUUACAUUGUUUUUGCAUAAGUUAUUAUUAGUAAGUCAACUAAAUUUUCUCAGAACAGCCCUGCCCCUGGCCAAACUCCUACUCACACCCCUAGAAAUGUAAAUGUCCCACCUUGUCCGUUUGUAAUGUGAGGAGUUAUGCCAUUCUAUAUGCUAAAUGGCAGAAUGUGUAUUUCAAAUAUUAGUGAACUGUUUAACCCCAACUACCAGUUGUAAUGUCAUAAAUAAUUGAUAGUAUAACAUUUCAGGUGACAGGGUGGCUUUAAAGGAUAAUACAUACCACCCUAGUGUCCCUAUUUAAGAAGGAGAGUCCCAAAACCCUCUGCCCCCAUUUUCUAACCGUAUGCCCGUCUUUUCAUUGAGCUUCAUGUUGUGGGUGUGUCUAAGGUGUAUAAAAGAGUUCUACAGCAAUAUUACUUACAGUAAUGUGUCUUUAGACUACAAUAAAUGUUUUUAGAAAUCAGUAUGUGUAAAUAAGAUACAUUGCUUUUAUUCUAAAUUACAUUUUUGUUCCAUAAAUAGUUAUUAGUAAUUCACCUAAAAAGUUUCAGAACAUCUGACCCCAGGUAACACCCUCACUCAUACCACUAAAAUUAAAAUGUCUCUCUUUCUCCACUUGUUGAAAGGUAUGGAUAAUGUCACAGGGAUAAGUUUUAAAAAUAUAACAUUCUAUAUUGUUAUUAAAGUGCUAAUAAGUAGUAGAGAGCCACAGGCCGACUGAUUUGUGGCCACAUUGUAAUAGCAGCAUGUUAAUAUUUAUAUAUAUAUAUUGUGUAUUUUGUUUUUAGGGUGAGCCUGGUGACCAAGGAUUACCAGGGUGUAAAGGAGAAGUUGGGUCUGAUGUAAGUAUUAUUAUUUGGUUGCUAUGUUUUAUCAGUGAUACGAAUAAUAACAAGAUAGCAGGAAGAUAUUGUAUUAGAUAAUACAUAAUAUACAUUUCACCAUUUUAUAACUCAUGCCAGAUCAGAAAAUGUUUGUUUAAGUGUAUGUACAUUUUUUUUAAUAAUAGUUACCCAUUGAACAACAUCUGGAACAUAUUCACACUUUUUAAAUUAAAGUUACUGAUUGCAAAACACAGGAAGCAUGCUAUCGCUUUCUAAAUAAUAAUAUAUAUCUAAUGGGAAACAGGAGCAUCUAUUCCUGUUCAGAAUGCACAACAGAUUUCAUGUAACUCAUUGAAUACAGGCUCUUAUGCAUCUGUAACCUUUGCUCUUUUCCCAUGAUAUCCAUUUGUGUACAUUAUUGAACUAUUCCGAAAACUGCUAUUUCUGACAGUACUAUUUACAGUGACAUGCUUUCCUCACAGUUAAUCUGUGUUAAAUGUCAGUGUAGAUUUAUUUACACCAGCAAUAACUAACCUUGGCAUCCCUGAUGUUUCCCAUGAUGCUCAACCAACUAUCACUAUCAGAUAAUGGAAAUGCCCUGGAUAGUCAUUGUGGGUCUAGAGCUGUGCAUACAAUCAAAUUAUUAUGCAUCAUAUAAAUAACUUUAGGUUCUGCAUUUUUUUUUUUUUUGACUUGUCACUUGUCUCUGCUAUUUGAGGAACAGUAGAUUCAACUAUUUCGGACCUGUUUUCUUGAUUUCUUGUUGUAACGUCUUUCUCAGUUACUAUAAAUGUCGGGAAAAAAAAGUGUAUAAGAAAAUCUUUUGGUAUAUCACAGAUUUCUACUGAUAGCACGCAGAAAAAAAAAAAAAUAAAUAUAUAUAUAUAUAUAUAUAUAUAUAUAUAUAAAAUGAUAUGUAAAUAAGUACAAAUAUGAAAAGCACAACCCAAAUAACUUGUUUUCAGCUGCAGACUUUUAACAGUCUCUACAUGACAAUACAAAUAAAUAAGCCUAUCUCAUAUGCCACAACGGUCACUAAUCUAAAGGGCAGUAAUCUCUAAAUGGCAUUUUAAUUAAUAAUGUUUCCUGUGGCCAAUAUUGUGAGCUGAGCACCUAACAGGACGGACUGACGCUGGGCAGGCUGACGCUGGGCGGGCAUGCAUAAGUGUGUGGCAAUCUCUUAAUAAGAUCGCAGGCGUGCGAUCACUGCUGUUUUCGACUUUCUGGGAGCAGCAGGGAGUGGCGGCGAUCUCGGAUGUGGUGAUUCAUGGCGGAAUACCAAUUUUGUUCUCAUUCCGCGGAACACCAAUUGGGAAAACGCUGCUCUAGAGUUUAGCAUCACUAAGCUAAACUACCAGGAAAUAACAGAACCAACUGUCUGAUUGACAACCAGGGAGCGUAACAAGCUUAAUUUAUAAAUCGACCAAGUUCUACUGAAAUCUGCACUUUUUGUAAAAAAAAAAAAAGAAAAAGAAGAGGGUACACUCAUCACAAAUAAAGCACUUCAUCAAGUGCUCCAGGUAUUUGGAAUGUUCCUUUAAAUCCAAAAUUGCCGACAUGGAAACAGACAGCUAUGUUUCAAGUUAACCACUUUUAGUUUAGCCUAAGAGUUGAAAUUCACUUUGCUCACUUUAGUAAAUAAUCCUUAAAAUGAUUUAAUGCGGGGGGCGUGGCUAACCACGGAGCAAGAUGGCCGCAUGAAAACUUGCUCCGGCACCUGGGCACCUAAUCCAUUGCAAUCAUAGAGCCUAAAGCUGCAUCUGACACUAUAAUACAGCAAUGUCCCACCACAAAACCAAGAGGAGCUCGGCAAAACCGGACAAGCUCAAUUUUUUUGGCCACAAACAAACCCCUGCGACUUUGGCAACGCAGGCCUCAACAGAGUCCGUAGACCCUGAAUCAGAUGACGGUAUGCCCACCAGCGUCCCAGGAACACAAUCGGACACAACACAAAUAACGAAAGCUGAUCUUAAUGCAGCCCUGGAGAUUAUGUCUAACAAACUUAUCACCACGUGGCAACACACAGCAGACUCCAUGCGUAAAGACAUCCAAGAGCUGGGUAAGCGAACAUCCCUUAUGGAGGAUAAAUGUGACGAAUUCGCCACAGCCCACAAUGAUCUAGCCACUACUGUGGAACGUAUGGCAACUGAAAUCACCAAAUUAGAAGACAAAUUGGCUGACCUGGAGGAUCGCUCCCGCCGAAAUAAUCUAUGCCUGCGAGGGGUGCCCGAGGAUGUCUCUACCGACGACCUACAGGCGUAUGUACGGAACCUAUUGCAUGCUUACUCACCGGAGAUACCCACGGACAUGCUGCUAGUAGACAGAGUGCAUCGAAUUCCAAAACCCCGGCACCUCCCGCAGACGGUACCGAGAGAUAUAUUGCUCCGCGCCCACUACUUUCACAUAAAGGAGCACAUCCUCCGCAGCAGUAG